GCUCAUUAAAACCUUCUGGGCGUGAAUACUUUCUAAAUGAGUAUGUUUAGUCUCCCCGAUGAGGGGACGGUUCCCCUGACUUGCUGUGAAAUUCUCCCACAGCGUCAAUCUACCUUGCUACUCCUGUAUAAGCGCGCUCUGCACUUUCUCCCCCUGAGCGGAUUGGUAAAGGAUCUAUCGGAUUACACUCUGAUUGGUGGAGUCAGGCUCGUCAGGCGGUACGUCAGCUUCGUUCACUACCAUCAUGUUUUCCCCUCUUGGUCAAAAAACAGUGCUUGAGAAUGCUGGAGCAAAGCAGCCGCGUAUCAUCAGGACCACAAGUCUGAGUGGGAUGGAGGCACUGAGAGAGGUAAGCACAACAAGGACGCUUUUUUUCCUCAGACAUGGCGCGGGCAGUGCAGGUGGAUCUUGUAGUCCCCCUGUGGGAUGCGGUUGAAUCUACUUUUUCUUAUUCCUGCAAUGUUGGUGAAUUCGCCUCACCGCAGGAUAUAAUCCGUCCUUCCUUGUUCCCGUGCGCUCAUCCGCGUGUUUCAGGCUGUCCCGGGCAUUGAGGGGCUCUGAUCUUUGGUUCAGUCCUUUGCAGUUUUGCUCGCCUGGGUCCAUAGUGAUGCAGCUACUUUGGCUCAGUCCCUGUUGGGCACACACUGAUCUCCGUCCCGUUUCACACAGGCUGUCCCCUUUGCACUUAGAUAUGCGUAGGAUGUCCAGGACGAUGGGAGGUGCAGGUGGACAAGUUCCACAGUAACCUAUCAAACUUUAAACUGACCUAACCUAUUUGUCUUUAUUUUGGCUUGUGAUUAUACCCUCGUCGCUGCCUUGCAGGAUACCUGAGCCUCUCAAAGAAGGAAUUUAAUUUAAAAAGCUGCAUAUUAUUUGAUUUACAGAUUCUUUCACUUGAAAAAUCUUGUUACAGAUAAUUGAAGUGUCCAUAUACUAUAUAUAGAGUCCAGUUGUGUUGUCUAAUUAAAUUAUGAUUAUUUAUAAUGGGAAUGGUGCUCAGCCUGAGUCAGACUUGGACUGCAGCCUUAGCCCUCUAAAAAAUUAAAGUGUACACAGAGAAUCUCCAGCCAUUUGAAGAAGUUAUGAAUCAUCCUGAGAGAGCAGAGCAACAUGUUUUAAUUUGUUUGGUUUGUAAGCCUCAAUAUUUGUUGUGAUCUGACUCAUAUUAAAAUAUAUAUUUGCACUGUAACAAACCCUCUCAGUCAAAUACAUGUAUUCAGAAAUUGAUUUCAGCUGCUUUCAGGUGCUGGUUAUUCUUGCUUUUAUUAUCUGUCUUGAGGAUUCUCUGUUUCUGACUCUAGCGUUUCUGUUUUACUUCAUACGUUGUAGAGAAAUUACAUUUUCAGAUAAAAAAAAAUCAGAAGAGCUUUUUAAGUUCAAAGUCAAGAGUCGGCAGGCUCUCAGGAGGAGCUGUGCCUAUUCUCGUUGCCAUUACUGGGACAUUUUAGAUCGUUAUCUGGAUCAAACACUAAUCCUCUUUCUCCUUCAGCCACAUCAUGGUUUCCAUUGCAUGUCCAUCUGCUGGUACUGUAAGUGUAUUUCCUGCCAAGCUUCCUGUGUGUUUAGGACCAAUCUUCUUGUUUGUGUUGUUCAGUGCGGAGCUUGUGCUCAAACUAUGAGGACACGUCUGAGUGUAUGCCCUGCUAACAGUGACGGCUCGCACUAAUCACACUCCUGCAAGGUGUAAUUAGUCUCCGCCGUCUAAAGCUUUAAUCCUGGGUUUAAGUGGACUGUAUCUUUGCCUCGUCAGUAUAGCCUCCAGCAUAACACUAGGCUUAGAUUCUGUGUUUGGUAACAUGUUGUCAGUGGGUUUUCUAUUUAGGAUUCAUUAUCAUAUUUGACUCUUGCUGUGUGUGUGGCACAAAUGGAGGGGGAUUUUCUCAAUUUAAUUCUUUACUAUUGGUGCAUCUAUUUCAGAUAAUAAAGAUAACAUUGAUUAUUGGCUAUUAAAUCUUAGUUUUCCUGAUCUGAAUAUGUCAAACAUUCAGUGACAUCUCUUCUGUGUGUUUGCAAGUCUUACACAUGAUUCUGCAUUUAGUUAUGGUUAUCAAAUGAAGACAAUGGCACCAAAUUUACUCAUCCAUAACAGCCAGGCAUACUCAGGCUAAUAAUAGGUUCACAUGUGCACAGCUUCUUUCCCUGCUGUGCUUCUGCCAGCUUUUUUCUCUUUCCUAAAAACACAGCUUGACACAUUAUUUACCGAGAAAUGAGCAACAUCUCCCGACCUAUUUGAGAAUGGCAAAAGGCCAGUGUGAAUGGCAAUGACUCCCAUAGAACUUAUCCACCACUCUCCUCCCUCGCUCACAUCGCACAGCAGCUUCUUUCCUGCCACUUUAUGAAGUCAGUAAUUAGAGGAGACGGCUGCAAGGAAUAAGAGAAGUUUCGUAUUAGGAUGCAAAGUGGUAAUUACUUUCUUUUUAUAACAAAAGCUUAAUAAGAUUCAGCUGCUUUAGUUUGAAGUGUGUUUGACAGCACUGUGACAACCAGGAAGAAGACAGCUGAAAGGUCCAACAUAGACACAGGUGCUUGUAUGUGUCCAAUUAAACAUCAGACAGCAGAAAAUCUGUCUGAAAACUUGGUUUGGUGAGUGAAGUUUGUGCUUUGCUGGUUUUAAGUAUUUUCCUCCCAGAUCAAACAAGUUAGGUUUGCAUUUCUUGAACUUUCUGCCUCUUUUGAAAACAUCCAGUUAAAGGUACAUGACCUUUUUUCCCCGGCAAAAGUACGCGUUGAUUAGCCAUGACUGUAGGGUAAAGAGUAUUGACCAGACACAUGAAACACUGUUAGGAACUUCAGGUGACCUUUAUGGAGAUUAUAACACUUUGAUGAUACCUCCCUUAAAUAAUGAUGCUCUUGCUUCUGUGCCUCUUAGCAAUUUUAGAAAGAGUUGAAAAUAUUACUACACAAACGUAAUAAUUCAAAUUGGUGAGAUGACAAAUAAAUCAAUACCGCUUUUAAAACAGCAUUGGAUGUAUGGAUUCCCUCAUUGUUGUCAUUACAUCUAUUACAAGUGACGAAUGAAAAUGAAACUAAUGCAAAAGUGCAAAAACUGCAGUUCCUCAUGCAUCCACUUGAGCUCCAGCAAAAGCUGAGGAACCCUCAUAAACACUUGUAAUAAAUUCUCAUUUUACACCAGAAAUAAACAUAUUAACAACCAUUUAGCUUAUUUCUAGGUUGACCAAAAGUUAGAUUAAGUUCGCAUAUCCGGUCCAGAGACUACCGCCACUGGGCCUCAGAACCUCGUUUUGAAAACUGCCAAAUUCUGUCAGUCCUAGAACAUCUAUAUUUUUAACAGUCUGUGGUCUCUUCAGCCUGUAACUGAAUUUAAUUAUACAGAAACGGCAGCAGCAGAUGAAGAUUUAUCAGUUAAGGAUGUACCCAUAGAAGAUACCUGGGUGGCCUGCCAAAGUAUGUUAGCUGAAUCCUUUAAGCAUUAUCCAAAAAUCCCUCCUGUGAAUGAACUCGUGGACCAUCUCUCUCCUUCCUUACUCCUUGUCCUUAUUUUGGCAGAACUGAUUCCACACUUGUGUCAAACAAACUGAUCAUCAUCUUGCAGCAGUUUCACACACUGUAAUGCACAUUUGCCUUAUUAAUUCUAUAUUUUCAUCUGCAGUUAUUUCAUGAUGAAUUGUACGCUCAUCGUAUCAUAGCAUUCCUAAGUUGUUAUGGUCUUGUAUCCCAUAAUCCCCAGCUCUAAUGCUCAUUGAGUGGCACAGGAGUAAAUGACUCAAGAGUUAACAGCGGCUUUCCCCAUUAGGACGGAUAUGAAUCAUACAGAAUAUACAUUAAGAAUUAUGCUCCACAGGGGGAAAGGGUGGCACUGCUAGUUUUAUGACUGUGGUUGAUGAUUCUCAGUUGUAGGCUGUAUUUGUAUUCUUUACCUGCUGAGUGUUGAAUUUGUCAUAUUUGGUCAUUGAAAUGUAAAUGUCUUUAUAGUUUCUCUUUUUUCCACAUCAUAUAUAGAGGUCAGAGGAAUUGUCCCAACAGUAAUAUUUUGUUGUCCUGACCUGUACUCAUCAAUUAUAGUACCUUUAGCUCCAAAUAUUGAUGAAUUUUUGCAGUGCUUUGCUCAGAAUACCCUCUGAUUUGACCUUGACUUUAUGACCCCACAUGGUGGUGCUACUGACAGAAACACUGCAUGAAACAUUUCAAUGGAAUAUUGUAAAUUUGAGUUUAUCAGAUAUUGUAAUUAUAUGAUCCUCUUCAAUUUUAUGAUGCACCACACAUUUGCCCCAUAUUAUCAUUAUCAGAGCAGUGUAUCUGGUAUACAGCCUAUCAAGCUGUGCUGAAUUCCUAUUGCAUCAAAAACAAAGAUCAAAAAACUGCUUUUACUUUCAAAUUUCUUAAAAUUUACGCCCACUGUCUAAGCCCUGAACAUUUGGUUAACAACCGAUCAGGAAAACAGUAAAUCACUUUAACUCAAAACUGGAAAAAACAUUUUGUUAGCCUGAAAGUAAAGCGAAGACAGCAUAUCAAAUAAUCAAACUUUCAUUGUUUAAUUAAACUUUUAUGCUCAUGUUAAAUUUGAUGCCAGCGAAAUGUUAAAAAGGGGUCAGAGUAGUGAUGAUAAAACCAUGGAGAAAGUUGUGUCAAGUGAAAAAAAAAAAAUUAGAGGAAAUGCUUUUCAUUAUAUCUACAGGAAUUUAUCACUGUUUCGUAACAUGACUGUUUAUACCAGAGAGACUGAGUCUUUCAGAAGUGAAGACAGGAAAAGAGAGCCUGCAAGAGCAAAUAGUUCAUCUAUUUUAAAAUCAUUAUCCUCAGAGUAAAAAUCCCAAAAUUAGGGGAUUUCACCAUCCAUCAUAAAAAGUUUCAGAGACUCUGAGGAAAUGUCACCACAAAAGGGAUAAGAUCCAAAAUCAAUGCUUGAGUGACACUAUCUUUUCACCCUCAAGCAUGAAAAACAGACAUGACUCUAUUGUUAAGAUCACUGCAUGGGUUUAAAAUCACUUCUAAAAAACUCUGAACACAGUUAGUCUAACAAAUGCAGGUCAAAACUUUACCAUGCAAAGAUGAAACCAUGUAAAUACAAAAUCCAGAGAUGUUGCUGGUUUCUCUGGACUAGAGCUCACUUGAGAUGGACUGAGGUGAAGGAAAGAAAUGCCCUGUGGUCUGACCAAUUCAAAUCUGACAGUAUUUUUGGAAAUCAUUGACAAUUAAUCCUUAUAGAUGGAUCACUGAUGGUAUAACAUAGUGCUGGACGAUAAUUCGAUAACAAUAUAUAUCGAUCGAUAGACGUGUGGUGCGAUAGAAAAAAAACGGGUCGAUAAAAAGUUCGAUAGAAAAACACAGUUUCCCUUUCUUUUUCAUCAUAGCCUAUCAUGUAGCUUUUACGACAGUCAUUACUUCCUCCCAACCAAUCACAAACGCAGACCCAGGUACGCUACGGCACCAAGCCCAGCCCCUCUCAAACCACAACAGACAGCACGUGUAUUAGAAAAAAUGAUACAGCAAGGAGAAGCGGAGGACACUGUCCCGAAAAAAGGUUUCAGUAGUUCACCAGCAUGGCAAUGUUUUGGUUUUUAGAAGUCUGACAAAAAGCGAACAGCGGUCGUUUGCAAAAUUUGCAGAGAAUUAGUAAAAACCAAGUCUGGUAACACAACCAACUUGUUUUACCAUCUAAACCGAUCGCACCCGCAGGGGUACGAGCUGUGUCGGCCGCGCCGCGGCUCCACGUUAUCGUCGGAGGAAUCCUCUGGAACCGCUGCCAGCACCAGCACAAAGCAAGUGAAGCAGACCAAACUGGACUUCGUUUCUUGCCAAAACUACGACAAAGCGUCCAAGCGGCAUAAGGACAUCACCCAUGCAGUAACAUGCUCCAUAGCGAGGGACAUACUACCAAUAACUACCGCUGAAAAGCCUGGCUUCGACCAGCUUCUAGCCACUCUCGACCCGCGAUAUGAAGUGCCCGGCCGCAAGUAUUUCUCAAACACAGCGCUUCAGGCAUGAAAAUGGGUCAGGGGUUGAAAAGGUGAGAAGGGUGCGGAGGAAAUACGUUCAAAUGAGCUCAUGUUUUACAAAGACGCGAGUAUUUGGAUCAUGGCUACUAGCAGGGGGUGCAUUCGGCAGGGGUGCAUUCUACGACACAACACCGGCGUGGAUAAGUCCUGCUUCUCGUGCUUAGUUUGUGUAUUAAGUCAAUCACAUGAUAAUCAAAAAAAAUAAAUCUCCCGACCCCGGGAGAAAUAUUUCAGUGUUCAGACACCAGGCUGUGGGCAGUUUCCCACACAGUUAAAACUGGUAGUAUGCUAUUCCCACCUAAAGCUAUUCUGUUUAUUUAUAUAUUUGUUUGUUUUGUUUAUUUUCAUCAAAACACUAUUUAAAUAUUUAUUUAUCAGAUUUUCUGGUCACUUUAGUCUUUAUGUUUGUCAGUAUUUACUGACGUCACUCAGGCCACUUAAGUUGAUUUCUUUUUUUUUUUUAGUUCUUUUUUAAAAAACUUUCAGUUGUGGUAAAAUAAAAAAGGUGGUUGAAUAAAGGUUUGAAUUUGAAUUCAGUGCUUGUGUGUUCUUUAUUAAAAGUAGGUCAUUAAGCAAUAGCAUAAAACAUCCAGGGCUGCAAUUAAAAUAUAUGUUAAAUAAUUAUAAUAAUUAUAUCGAUAAUUAUCGAUAUCGAUCAAUAUGAUUUAUUUUUUAUCGAUAUGCUUUUUUUCUAUAUCGUCCAGGCCUAGUAUAACAUAUCAGUGCAUAUGUACUCAUGGCAUCCUAUUUCUCAGUUUCAACAUUCAAUAUGUUGUCUCGAAACCAUUUAAACCUAAGAAGAGGCUCAAGUAGUCUGUAAAUGAUCAAAUUCUGUUGUUAUCAAUAUUUUACACAGCAUUCCAUUUUUUGGGAGCUGCAGUUGUUCUCCAUUAUCAGUGUGUGCUUUACUCUCAACACUUUAUAAAACAGUGAUGAGCCCAAUGUAAGAGCAACAUUAUCAACGAUCCGAGGAUGUAGAGACAGAUAUUGAUUAUCAGAUAGAGGGAUGCUGCAGAAAGAGAAUAAGCAGCAAUAGGCACAAUAAGACCACAGUUUGGAGUGUGUUAGUCUGAAAUAUUUGGAACUUAAUACCUUUAUAAAACAUUGGCAUGAAGGUCAUUGGGUUAGGCUGAUCUGAGGCUGCUUGGAGGAGGAUGUAAGGUAGAAGGAAGGAGAGAAAAGAGACAUUUGUUUGCACAAGGACAAGGGAGAGGACAAAGGGGAAGUGGGCAGGAGAGUAGUGACUGAACGGGUCAGGGUAUAAGAAAACAGAAGGAUGAAGGGCGAGAGUGAAAGAAAUGAAAGACUGAAUAUAAGCCAAGGUGAGGACAGUGUCCUGUUACAACAUGAUGUGUUACGUCCAAAAAGAGGGGCAGACAUUUCUGUGCAGUUUUGGAUCCUGUCUGGAUGAAAAGUAUGGGAGUUGUUUACUACAAGAGAGAUCUUCAGUGCUUCCCCUCUUGGGAAAAUAACCAAAUGGUUCAGAAGUGAUGAUUAGACCGCUUUUGCUUCAAAUUAUCAGUUGGCAUUAAAACCGAAGUUUAGCAUUUGCUGAGUUUUGAAGAAACCCCAGGCGAUUUCCGCCCUACUUCCUAUCCACACAGCCAACCUAAACAGGCCUUCCAGUUAAGAAGAAACAUUUCCAGAGUUGGCUCUCAAACUGCUGGUCUGUCCAGUGGAGUAGUUCUCUAUAUUGUAGUAGAUUUAAUUUAGUGUUUAAAAAUUCCCUUGUUUGUUGUGUAGCAAAAAAAUGUUUGUUACCUCAGGGACUCAGCAGCUAAACAUGUCUGCACAGUUUUUAACAAAGCAAGUGGAGUCUCAUAGCUGCAUGGCGGUUUCCUCUUAUAGAAGUUUGCAUCUUCCUUGCAUAUCAGUGUCUGUAUAGUCAGUGUGUACGCAAAUGUGUGGGUGCUUCUGUGUGUCUGUGCAUCUGAAUAUGUUCCCAGCUUUAAUCAUUGUGAUCCUCCUACAUGCAUGCUGUAAUUACUUUUUGUAUUAAAUCUUGUAACGACACUCCGGAGCGCUGUCUCAGCUGUAGUUUUCUGAUAAUUAUUCAUGGGAUUUUUCUCACUUAGGAGACUGUAGUUAAACUGUCCAAAAACAUAACAGAGUUGAGAUAAGAAAAAGAUACAAUCUGGGCUAAGAUUCUGUACAUUUUGUCUUUGCAGGCCUUUAUUUUUUCAGUGCUUAAACAGGUUUACAGUAAAAAAAAAAGACAGCAUGCUCUUCUCUUCUGCUGCUUAGUAAUGAAAAAUAUCCUAUUUUAAAAAAGGCCUUAAAAACAUAUUUAGUGUAGUGGUGGGAAAAUUUGGGUUGUCUAAUUACUGUUUGCAGUUUUGCUCUAUCGCAUGUGUACGUACAGUACUAUUAUGUCCUUCUGCUAAAUGUAUUCCAAUAUUGACAGAAUAAUUUGAGAGCUGACGUGGAUAAGCAUCAUCUUCCCACAGACCGGGGGCCGCGCUCGUAUCUGUGCCACCUGUUUCAUGGGGAAAAAAAGACUGAAACUGAAGAAAUGUAUCUUACUGAGGCACAGAGGAACAAUUCCAGCCCAUGACUGUUUUUUGGCCGCCUUAUCAGAGGAAUGAGUCUGAACAGGGCGCCUGUUGAAGUUUGAUUUUGAUUUCCCCGGUGACUGGGCAGACCGAGCCAUUUUUUUUAUUUCUGAGACAAAAUGGACCCCUAGAAAAGCUCUGCUGAAGACCAGACUUUGGUAACCCUUGUGGUAGUGCUUAAGACACUGUUUUUGUUGAGUCUCUAAACCUGAAGUUGGAACUCGAGUCUUCAGUGUUCAAGUGCCAGUCAACCAAAGUUAUGAUUUUAUUUCAAACUGUCAUAUUCAUACAGAUUUUUCUCUCUUUUUUUGGAACACAUCAUGAUACCAUAUAGUCUACUUUUGCCUCAUUUUCUUGUAACCGACCCAACCCUGAAUACCUCACAUUGAAAUAGUGUGUCACUUGGUUAGUCAGCUAAAUAGCCUCUAUCCUGCUGAUGUCUACAUGGAUUUGGACACUGAAUUCAACCCUGGAUAAUGGUUUUUAAACUGAAGGGACUUGCUCUUUAGUCUGGCUGUGUUUACCCUGGCUGCUUUGGGUGAAGAGGAGGAUGGCAGCCCUGCGGCAGCUGCAGCCGGUGUUGACAAAGUUUUUUCAAGUCACAGACAGUCAAAGCUUCUGCAUUUUGGCUUGAUUUCGUGAUUUCGUGCGCAGUGCUCGUCUGCUUGGUGAUGGAAGUUAUGUUCCCCCCCUUGUAAGAAAUUAUUUUGCAGCAUAAAUCUGCAUUUCACUUCGUCCACGUCUUCAUCUUUGAUUUAAUGUUGACACACUUUGGACUUCUUUGCAUGUUCAACAACUUACCACUUAUUCCUUUGUUUUAAACCUAUUUACUGUUCAGAAACUUAAUUAGACAGUCUGUCAACGUGCGUCUAUCAUUGAUAUGAUUAAGAUCACACAACUGUACUCAAAGUAUAGCAUUACUCAUGGGACCCUCAAGACCCGACAGCAGACUUGAUAUGCUCAAAGGUUAUUCACCUUAGAUUUCUGCAGCCUAAAGGGACCAAAUACAGAUGGAGUAUUUUGGCUGAGCAGGAGCAGGGGUCAGCUGACACUGUUAGCGAAUACAGUCAACACUCUCAGUGAAUCUGAAUGAAAUGAACUGUGUUGUUAUUGCUCGAAAGAGGGAGUCCUCUCAUCGCUGCUGCCAUCUGCUAUUACUGCAGGGAAAUCCAACAACAACCCGGAAUCCUGUUCAGACGUUCUGCUAUAGGAGAAGAACUUGAACCAAGUCCAGCUGCCCCUUUGGAUUUAGCCUUGGAUUAAUUUAGAUGAUACCUGGACAGACUGCAGCACCCAUCUUUCAUUCAUUGAGGCAACAGACUUGAAAAUGGAUAAUUUAUAGCCUCAAUCUAAAUAAGAUAAAUGUGUGUGACAUGAACAUUUAAAAUAAGAGCAGUUAGAUUAAAAAAAAUUAAAGCUGCAAGAAAGGCUGUAUCUCUCUUUUUAAUGGAACUCUAUGGAAAUUGAUCCUCAUUUGGGACCAGCCCCAAGUGGCCAUCUAAGAAAUUGCAGUUUUUGAACUUGCCAUUGGCUGUUGGGUAAAUGACAUCAUUCAUACAUCACAGGAGCAGUUUCAGCGUCUUGUCCAAGGACAGUUCAACAUGUAAAAGAGGGCAAACAACCAACUUUCUGAAUGAAAAAUAACCUUCUACCAUUUUCUAUCAUGAUGGGAAGAUGACAGAACCGGACAUACAGCAUCUAUAAAUCAGCUGUUGUGUGUUUAAAGAUUACGUUUAAUAUUUUGCAGCAUGGUCACUCUUCCAAUGGGUCGUAUGGAGUUAUUUUUGUAUUGUGCUUUUUCUUUAAAAGUAAAGUGUUAGUCAAAGCGUUGUGGAGAAGCAGAGCUGUUUCUAGUUUUAAUUACUUAAAAUUGGUUUAGCAGCCACAGUUGAUUUGCUGGACUGCUCUUAGUGAGUGUGUCAGGGUACACUUGGCUUCCUGCUGAGUUGUACAAAACAUUUUUGAGUGACUACUUCAAGAAUAAUUCAGGGUUACAUUUAUGCUAAUUUUCACACCACGUCUAAUAUUAAAUGAAUGUUUGUAGAAGGAGGAGUCAGUCAGUCUAUCAAUGGUAAUGAUUUUCCACUUUUCCACGCCUGCUUCUAUUUUUGGCCCGCUGACUCUGCUUGUGCAUGUCUUCAGUAUCAUGCAGUGGUAUUUUCUGUGUUCUCCUGUAACAGAGCUGUGCUGUGAUCCUCUGACAUGUGUGCUCUCUGGCUGAUUGUCCGUCUCAGUCAACUGAGCAACUCCAUAGUCUUUAACAGACUCCAAGCUGCAGGCCCAAAUCUGAUUUAUUUUCCUCACGCUUCCACGGUUCUGAAAGUCUGAGAAACAGACUUGUACAUUCUGAGGUAACAAAUUGCUCUCUGGGUGGAAAAAUAGGCCACUGCAAAAAAAAAAAAAAAGGAAAAAAGCGUAAAUAGCAAAAGUUUUCUCUGUAUACAAACAACAACAAAAACCCUAAAAGGCAUCAGGCUGUUGUUUGGAAAUGAGUUCCUUGAAUGAAUUGAAUGUGACACAGAUCUUUUCUUGCUGAGGAGUUCUUGUGGUGUCAUGUCUGAAUGUCUCGCGCAGGAUCCUCAGACUUAUGUUUAAAAUGGGUAGUAUAUGUCUGUUGGCAGUGUGUGCCCUCAACCUAAACUACAAUCUCUCUCUUCGGCUUGGAUCUUUAUUUAACUAAAGACAAAUAAGAUACAUAACAACCCUGCAAAUAGUUUAUUUAAGCUGCAGUUUACAGUGCACUAAGACUCGGAGUUGGUGUUUAAGUGAAGCAAAACACACAUGGUUUUGUGUUUUUUAGAGCUUAUCAAGCUUAUCAGUGGAGCUGUAAGAAUUAGGGGUUGGAAAAAAUCGAUGCAGCAUAGUAUCGCGAUAUUUUGUCUAGUGUUAUAUCGUAUCGUCUCAUUUACCAAGUAUCAAUUUUUCAAAUGAAUUGCUAAUAUGAAGUCAAAUCUAUGAUAAUGGAAACAUAAAAUCAGCUGUUUGUCCAGUGAGGUUGGCAGAGGUGACAUUAUUGAGCAGGAGAAUGUUCGUGCAACAAAUAUAUACAUAAGGUUUGCAAGAUGUGCUUCAUGAAAAUAAAACACAGCAUAAAUAAGACAAACAUAGAGAAAAGACAAAUGCUAAAUAAGCUAAAAACAGUUUUUAAAAAAUGUUUAUAUCGCAGUAUAUUGUAUCGCAAUUCUCACUGUAUUGCCAAAUGUCAAAAAUCACAAUAAUAUCGUAUCGUGGCCCAAGUAUCGUGAUAAUAUUGUAUUGUGGAGCCACUAGUGAUUCCCACCACUAGUAAGAAUGACAGAGAAAUUGUAUAAGGGAAAUGAGGAAAUAAUUCAGCAGUUUUUUUAACAAUUUCAAUUUAUAAACUGUACCUUACAAUAUGCACCAUAUAUUCUAUAAAGGAAAAUCACGCUUACUAUCUUGGGUAACAUUUGUACACUAAAAGGUGCACAUGAUGCAUCUAAUCAAAGUUACAUGCAUUAAGUUUUAAUAAGCGAAAGGACACAAGGAAAAUUUUGGCUAGCUGCCAUGUGUGAUUUGUGAAGUUCAGGGGAAAAUCAUUUCACUGUGUGAGUAAAACGUCAAAUAUCUUUGUAUGACAACAAAUCUGAAGAACACAUUCAAUUUCAAAUAGACUCAACUGUCGCUAUUUUAUGGUGGCAGAAAAGGUGUGGGACAACUUUCACGACCAGGCAACAGUAAAAUGCUGUCAGUGGACACAGGCCCUAUUUGUGGAUAAAGAUAUGAACUCUUCGAUCCAAACAUAUAUCCAAGAAUGUCUUUUGCAGUGCUAACCUGUUGGGUUAUUGACAGCUAGAUUACGCUCUGCAGUCUCUUCUCCUUCUGCUGCAGAUACUUUGCGUCAAGAUAAUUUUAUUUUUGUUUUUACAACAGUUGGAUGAAGUCAAGUCUGGAGAUUUGUGAAAAAAUAAAAAAGUGUGAACAGUUGAAGUGUGAAAAUCGCAGGUAUUUAAUAAGGGCAAAUUAUAAAACAGGUGCAAACUUGGUUGGUAAUUGGUCAUCUUUCAUACAAAUUACACACACUACUACAUACCACAGACACAGCAACAAGGCGUAACUCCACAGCUAAAAAGUUAGCAUUAUUAAUGUUCAUUUAAGGCACAGCCAUAAGUUUGUGGACUAAAAGGAUCCACGUAGAGAGGCCCAUCAUGCACUGUUAGCUCAAAGUGACAAGGAUCUGUCAAGUCCUUUUUCUUGGCCCCAAGUCAAGGGCAUCCGAGUCUUUCAAAACAGUCAUUUGCAUUGAAAAGAUGGAGCUGGUGCCUUGCUUUAUUCAUAUUAAUAGCUGAUGUCAUGCAGACAAAGAGGGCUGCACAUAAUUACAGAUCCCAGCCUCUGUCAGACAGAGAAUAAGAGAGUUCUGAUGGUAGUAAAAAGUCAAUUAAUUUUCUUUGUGUCUGUGUGCUGCAGUUUGCUGUGUGGUUCAGUGUACGUAACAAUGUUAGUGUCAACAUUAUAAAGCUCCUGCGUUGUGCCUCUGACUCCCUGUCACUUGAUCCAGGGCAGUUACCACAGAAAAUGAGCCGUGGUUCCUCAGAUCUCAGUGUUACUCACUCCCCUCUGUUGGGGCAUAGAGCAGCAGGACAGUCUGUGAAGGUGACACUGUACCAGCACCUUCCACAAAGCAAUGCACAGCCGGCCUGGAAUUGAUAUUCCUCAAAAUCCCCAGCCAAUUACUGAAGUGGAGCCUUGGUGAAGGCUGCAGAAAAUGUAUGAGGCUGAGCUCAGGAGGACGGCGAGUACUCCAGGCUGCUACAUACAGUAUGAUGUGCCUUAAAAACAAAAAAAUCUGACUUGUUUUGUAGUUGUACAAGUGUAUGAGUGUCCAGAAACUUCGAGUCCUAAAGCACUGGAGCUGCCACUGAAAUAGCAACCUGAAAAGAGCUUUUAGUUGAAGUUUAGGGUUUAAUAGAAGCAUUUUAGCCUAAGGAAUAGAAGAAACCCGGCCAUUAGAUAACUCCCUGGAGCUUUCCUCGAGCACUUUUCAUCUGUUAUUCUGGCUUGCCCGUGGAGAGCUCUAGGGAAAUUGGUUUUGUACUUCUUUUGCUUCGACUUAAAAAAGCGUUUUGACAACUCAGCUGGUGUAGAUCAGACCUAUUCAACUGAAGAACUGUAGGUUAAAUUAGCACCUUAACACCCUAUGUAUAGCUUUUACAUCACUAUGAAUAAAUCACAUUUAGGAAGGUGAUUAUACACCACCUUGAUUUAACAUAUUUACAAAGCUUAUAUUCCUUAGACUGCGCACGGCACCUUUAAAGUCCCACUCCAAUGUUUUUUUUUACUACUUGAAGUGUUCUCAGUGGUCUUUAAAUUUUGAUUACAAGGUUUUGAGCCAAAAUUGUGUUACCUGUGUCAUUUUCGAGAGCUUUUUUCUGCAGAGCUCCAGUAGCUCAUUAGAAAUUUGCCUCAGUCGCGUGGCUGAGACAGCGCUGCUCUGCUCGCUCGUCUUCAUGCUAGCUUGUGGCCUAAUAUUGCCAGUGCAGCAGAAGUGGCAGGUAACAUAGGAGCUAUUCAGCUCUUGGACACUACUGUCUUUAGGGACAUGAUGAAAGUUAAUAUCAUAAUGAGCUUUCUUACCAGUAAUGCAAACGCUUGUUCCAUGAUCAUCCUCUCUACUUCUCCGAGUCUGGCCUGCAUAGCAGGGCUUCGGGGGCGGAGCACAGAUUUGUGACGCAGGAAAUCGCAGUGAAUCUGAGAUUCACAGCGAUUUGAAUGUAGAAAUACUCAGAAAUGCCAUUUUGCACUUAUUUUUUUCACAAUAUGCCCUGUAGCAUCAGAAAAGUGUCAUAUGAACAUAUAAAAAAAAAAAGAAAAACAUGAUUUUCAUUGGAGUGGGUCUUUAAAACAUUCAAACACAAAGCACCAGAGCUCAGAUGUAGAAAUUCAAACAGUCCCUCGGUAGAUAAUCCUAUUUACCCUCUUGGACUAGGUGGUGUCCAUUCAACGUGGUCGGUACAGUUACCAGUGUGGUUUAGCUGAAAGAGGAAAUAGCUCUCCAGUAAGACGGGCCUAAUGAGAAAUCUUAAUUUGUGGGCCAUCUAAAGGAUUGCAUUGUCAUGUCUGAGAAAUAUCACAUGUCCUCUCUUCUGCUCCCUGAGGCUCUAGUGUGAAAGAGGGAAAAAGAAACUUAGCUGAACCGAGUAAGACCAACCGUGUGAAACUACUAUCAUGCAAAUUUAGGCGCUUGUGUUUUAUUCAUUAGUCAGUCAGCCAUUGUAUCAAUCUGUUAUGAAAAAAGCUCUGAAGAAGAUUUCACCCAUAGAUGAUGAGUUGGGAAAAUGGUUUCAGCGGUCUAUUUGCAGCAAUAUCAGCCUGUGAUUUAAUACUUGUCUGGAAGACAAUUGAAAGUGGAAUUGGGGUAAUAGCCACCAUGACUGAGAGUAAAAAAUUUACCAGAGUGAUGCAGCUCUCUUUUCUGACUAUAGGGGGUUUGAAAAUAUCUUCUAUAAACAGUAAAGUUUCAGAGUCAAUCUAGCUCUGCAGCUAUUGAGGGGCUGUGAUUGCUGUAACAGCUCGGGGUGUUGUAAAGAAAGCCGUUCCUACAGGCCAGUCAUUUAGAGCAGACGGAGAAAAAAUAACUCUGACAGAUCAAAGCAGUCUUCAUUAACAUAUUCAGCACAUUAAAAUCUAAUGGGGAAAAAAAUGCCAAAGUCUGAGGCCACAGGAGGAAAUUGUCUUAAAAGCUAUUUGACAGGAAAACACUGAAGAGGCUGAAGUCAGAAACUGAGGAAUAACACGUUACUUCUCUAACUGGUAUCUGCUACACAGACAUGGAGUGGGAAAUACUCUCAUAGUACUUCAAAAAUGGUGUCUCAAAACAUGUACUUCAUUAUAAAAAGCACAUUUAAUAUUACAAUUAUACAAGUCUGCAUACAUUCAUAUUUUGUCUUGAAGAUUAACUCUCAUAGACUGUAUAUACCAUGGACAACUUGGUUCAGCCUUCCGCCAGUAUACAGAUUUGAACCUGAAAAGCUCUUGGUAUUUCCGCGAUUUUUCUCCACUUCCUGAAACCAACAUUGUGCACUAGCGUUGUACGCACUCCACCACUUGUGCAGUAGCAUUGUACGCAUUCGGCGGGAGAGUCGCUGUGAUGACGCUCGGCUCAAACAGCGUAUCCCCCGGUUGAACUAUGCAAUCUUUGUACGCCCAUCAGAUGUAUCAAAUGUCAAUCAUAGAAAACAUGAACCCACUAAUAACUUUUAAAAAUGGAGCUGUACAGAAAAAAGAGGACUUUAGCACAAACCAGUCUUACAGUAACUACAUGUCAACAUCACAAGCAGGGGGGAGAAAAAAUUAUAUUCUCUGUAAUAAAUUUCUGAAGGUUGUUCACAGCUCCAUAGGGAUUGCUGGAGGAGUUGGGAUUUAUGACCUAUACUGCAGCCUGUCACCAGUGGGUGCUGUUUUCGGAGUAGCUUCACCCAGCGAGGAGGCAGACGGUGUCGAUUCUAUAUACAGUCUAUGUUAACGCUCCAAAAGUGAGCCAGUCUGGGACGCAACCUAGCUUAGCUUUCUUGGUGCAGGAAUAACGAGGACAAACUCACUGUCCAACAGCUUCAAAGAUAGGUAGUACCAAAAUGACGUGAAUGUUGCUAGCUAGCAAUAGCAGAAAAGAAGUAGUUCGCCUGUAUGCAUGCUGGGAAAGUGGGUACUUGAAAUGUGGCGAAGUUAGUAACUUUCUGAUAACGUGACAGAUGUGCUGGGUGCUCAGCCUCUUGCUAGCUCUUUUAUUUAAGCAAAGUACUCUUUUGUGUUUCUGUUAUAAACCUCUCCAUCCUGAUUUCCCUGAGGCUUGUUUGCAAAAACUGUUUUGAGACAGAUAAGUCUUUUGUGUUGUUUUAUCCGAAUGGAUGCAAAUAUUUUGCUAAAGACUUGAAUUUGAAUAUUAACUUUAGUUUGUUGAAGCAUUUUACAGAAACUUUGGCUUAGUUUGCCUCAAGAAACAAACAGAUCCGAGCGCCAGUGUCAUUAUUUUGUAUUUGUAACGUGCUAAAGCUUUUUAAUAUUAGCCAACUGGUUUUUAAUGUUGAAAUAUUUGUUUUGAAAAGCUGGAGUGGUGUUUCCUCUGUCUGUAAGUUAAUGUGCUGAAUGAUGCUAAACUAAACAGAGUAUACACAGAGUAGGAAGCUGGUACUUUAAACAGGCCAGGCAGAAGAGUGACUGUAAAACAGAGGAAGAGGUUUUAUGGUCCAGGCUAGUCUGCAAGAGGGGGCCAGUUCAAGUUGAGGAAUUAUUCCAGCGAGGGGGUUUAAUUCAAAAAGAGAUUCAUAGGCAUAAUAUAAUUCCAGGGGUCUCUGGUGUUCCUCAUGUCCCUAUAGUCAGAUAAAUCAUAUUCAUCUGUGAGUCUCUGUUUGAUCUUAAAAAAAAAAACCUUCAGUGAGAGACUGAAGAUCCUUUUUUAUUUUGUUUAUUUUGUUUUUGUUUGCUGUCACAGACUCAAUCACCAGCUCCCGCUUUGGUCUCAACCACAGAGGUCAGCAGGCCAUUUCAUUUUAAAUCUGAGUGAAACCCUCAACAGAAUACAAACGGUCUGUCUUUAAACGCCUGCUAACAAAACCCUGCUGCGUAGAGUUAACCCUCCUAAUUGUAGAUUACAGGUUUUGGUGGGGGGCAUUUUCUUCUGAUAAGCAGACUAAAACAGCUGAAGCAUCAAGAAUUUUUUUUUCCUAUUUACAUUUUUAACAUCCAAUUCACAGUAAAUUAGAAAAUGUAAAGUCAUGUUUUUCUUCAUGUGUUGUUUGUCCUGCUGUUUUUCUGUCUUUGUAGAGACAGACGGGGAGAGAAGCUGCAGUGAAAGGUUUGAUUGAAAAUUGAUUUUUCACUUCAUUUGAUAUGUCUACCAGAGCUCGGUUACUUACUCUUAUCCACAUGGAGGUCGAUCCCGGUGCAUCCAGCCCAUUGUCUACUUUAGUGUCUGAAUUAGAUCUGUGGGAAACGCUGGACACUCAAUCCCAGCCGUUACAGCAGAUUGUAUGUGUAUGCUGUCUCCCUAAAUCUAGGGUCUGCGUUUGAUACAAACAACACUUAAGGAAGUUGUUACUGAAGUGCACUUUAUAAUGGCUGUCUAAAAUAGUAGUAAAGAUCACUUUAAAGGUACAGUACGUAAUAUUUAGCUGCAUUUGGUAGAGCAGACUUUGUAGAAAUUAAAUAUCAUGUCACUGUCUUUCUAGUUACACACAGGUUUGCAUAUUCAGUGAGUAUAGCUGCACAAAAUGCUCCUGUUGGAAGAAGAAUAGAGAGUUGUUGUUUUACAUUGUAUUAGUGGAAGUAUCUGAUGUUAAAACUUGACAAAUGGAGGAUCAAACUUGUGCAUCAGUGGAGCCUCUUAACCUUGAAGACCUGUGUCAUUUCAUCGAAGAAGGGGUGAGCAAAGGAGCACUUCAACAAUAUGGACUUAUAGAUAUUGCCAAACAUUACUGUUUAUACCAUAGACUGUAUAUACUAUUGACAAACUGGUUCCACCGUCCAUCAUUAUACACAUUUGAAGCCGAAUUGGCCUUGGUGUUUCUGGGAUUUUCUCCACUUCCUGGAACCCCCACUUGCACAGCAGCAUUGGAUGCACUCGACAGGAGAGUCGCCGAGAGUCGUUGUGAUGACGCUCGGCUCAAACAGUGAAUCCCCUGGGUGAGCUACGCAAUCUUCGUACGCCCAUCAGAUGUAUCAAGUGUCAAUCAUAGAAAAUAUGAACCCCUAAUAACUUUUAAAAACGGAGCGGCACAGAAAAAAAGAGGACUUUAGCACAAACCAGUCUUACAGUAACUAUAUGUCAACAUUGCAAGCAGGGGGGAGAAAAAUGUAUAUUCUGUGUAAUAAAUUGUUAAAGUUUAUCCAGCUCCAUAGGGAUUGCUGAAGGAAGCAGGAUUUAUGACCUAUACUGCAGCCUGACACCAGAGGGUGCUGUUCUCACGGAGACUUCACCCAGUGAGGAGGCAGACGGUGUCCAUUCUAUAUACAGUCUAUGAUUUAUACACACUAUACCUUCAAGAAAUUUCCAUAAGGCUCAGUUGACAAGUCAAAAAUACUCUGUACCUUUUGUCAAUGUAAUAUUUUGAGUUGGCGCUACCUCUGGGCGAAGCAUCUAGGUGCAGCUAAACUAGCUAACAUCAGUGGGCUACCACAGCGCAGAAGUAGGCAGGUCAAUAUUGUGAAAGACUUUGGUCAAAGGGACGUCCUCAGGUUGGUCAUACACCUUACCAUGUUGGGAAACAAUAGGCUCAUACAUAUAAAAACAGAGAGAGCAACUGCUGCCAUAUUAACCAGGGAUCAUUGUGCAUCAGUGGGUUAUUGAGGUUAUCUUGGAAUAACAACUGUGACUGGGGAUUUCAUCCAUACAUGUCUGUUUUUUUCUUAAUGUCUAACAGUGUAAUACUUGAAAGAAAUAUUAAAAAUGAAUGGUGUGCUACACAGAAUGAACCCUUUUAAGCUGUCUCCUGUUUUAAUGUCAAAGUGCCCGACCGCACUGUCAUAGCAAUGCAGCAUUUGUUUGAAUAUUUAAUCUAUAAAGUUAUCUAUAAAGGACAAAUUUUGCUACAUUCAUUUGAUUCCUUAUUCAGGACAUGAGGCUAGAAUUGCUUUGCAUUGUUAUUAUGGACUUUCAGAAAUGUAAAAUAAUGAAAUUUUAAAGAUGUGAUAUUUUUCAAUAAUUAAAGAAUCAUCUUUUGAUGGCCCACUCUGUGUACGUUGUAAGAACAAGGCAUUGUUGAGCUGUAAGAGCUUAAAAAUAGCUUAUUAAAAGAAAAUGUCAAUUCCUAGCAUCUGAGCCUUGAUAAAAGCCCUGUUUAUUUUUUCAAUCUGUGCCUCCCUUAUAGAUAUACAUUAUUGAAACAUCCUGGACUUAUGGCAGCAAAAUGCAACAUUAGCUGCACCUUGUUUUAUAGCCUGUUUUCUUGUCCUUAACUCAGAACAGCACAGUGUUGCUGAAUUUUUCUUUUCUUUUUUUUUUUUUUAUAUUAGCAUGUCAGAACACAUUUUAUCACUGUGAAGACAAGCCCAAUGAGCAGGGUGUACAUGCAUAAUGUUCCUAGUAGUUUCACACCACUGUUUCUGGUGAGCGUCCUCUCUCUAAUGAUGUCUGACAGGGACAGGCUGAAAGAGAAAGGUUAAUCACUCUGUGUCCAAGCACUCAAAGACACAAACUCUUACUGCGGUGCUGUCCUUUUGUAUUCUGGGGCAGACGCCUGGCUCCUUGUUCUUUUCUGUAAUUGCUCAGCAGAAGCGCAAUGUUUCUGAACCAAAUCAAAAUAAAGUGUAUUUUUGUGUUGGUAAUGGCCUCAGCACCAAAGGUUUUCACUCUGAAGGAUGUCAAGUAGUCCGCAUGCUCACUAAGUCACGUUAACAAGGGCUGUGUCUGCUGACUGAUGAAUAAUUCCAUAUCAUAUUUGAUUCCGCAUUAAUUCUGGAGCUAUAAAUGUCACAAAUGCUGCUCAACACCAGUUGACAAAUCUAAAAAGUAUGGUACCGAUUAAUAAAACCACCUGGCAACAAAAGCGUUCAGUAAGAUAUGAUGUCCUGUAAAUCAAACAAGGCCAUUAAAACACCAUUUGUUGAUUACCAGUUUGUUGAAUUUUCAUCAGUCAAAAUGAUUCUACCCAAUGUGUCUUAGGGUUGCACUACAAUGCACAAAUCAUGUUUACUCUCCCAAGUGCAAUGACUUACAAAAAAAGUGAGAUUGAAAAGGUAAAGCACCACUUUUUGCUUUAGGUGUUAGAAAAAAUGCUUUUAAAGAUUUCCUGUGAGCUGCAAUGUUUUUCAUUCUUUUUCAAAAUGAUUGCAGGAAAUGAUACAGACACCUCAUACAUCUCUGUAGAAGUUUCACAACAACUAUCGUAAGUAUCAGAAAAGUCAAACUUAAAUUAAACAUCCCCGAUACGGAAUAUUCUUGCUGUUAUGAGGCUCACUGCAAUCCAUCAAAGACAUAAAAUAAAGCUGUAACAUUUAUAAAAUGAGUUUCAACUGCCUGCAUCUCAGCAUGUGCUGUAUAACCAAUAAUACCGCUGUUUGAUUUAUUACAAUCGUAUUAAGUCUGUCAUGGGACCAUUAGUCAUAUUUGAACAGGAAACAACAAGCAUGCACUGAAAAAGAGGUGAAAAUCAAAACUCACUUUGCUAAUUCAUUUAGAUUGGUUGAAUUAAGGGCAAAGAUUGUAGUUUCAAAUGUUUGUUCACUUUUUUUCUCUUAAAUCUGCUGUGAGGAGAUUUUUACUUAAAAGAAAAACCUACUGAAAUCAACACUGGGGUCUGCAGAUGCAGACAAGAGCUUCAGAAAGAAGCCUUGCUACUUCUUUAUAGUUAAUUUAAAUGCCUGUCAAGUCUGUUCAAAAAUGGGAGGAAGAGUGUAAAAUGUAAGACAGUCUUUGUAAGUGGAUUACUUGUCUCUCUAGGUGCCUCAUGAUUUCCAUGAGGAUGUGAAAACACUGCUCAGAGUGCAAUUGCAACAUUAGGUGAACACGUGCAAGACAAAUUAGUACAAAAAAACAGAUGUAAUAUGCUAUAAUAAGUUCAAUUUUCAUAUUUGCAGACAGGGAGUUGUAAGUUCAUUCCAAUCCUGUGCUGUUGUUCUUGUGCUUUAAGAGUUAACAUUGGAGCAUUACUUUAGUGGUGCAGAGAAACUCUCUAAAUUCGAGCUUGCUGUUCUUUAUUCUAACCAAAUCAUCAUAUUUGCCAUUGUGUGUCCAAGCCCCAUAAUAGAGAGUCUAAUUCCACUGUGUGGCCCCUAAUCCUCACUGUGCAGCUGCAAACACGUUGUUUUUAAAGCUGAUUCUGACUCUCUCAGAGUCCCUGAAGGUAACAUUAUCUCAGCUGUCCCCAGAUCAGUCAUGCUUCUCUCUUUUUUUAUUAAUGAUUUUUCUUGUUUUUCUCAGAUUUUCUCCUUAUCUUCCUCACAGAGCGUUAGAUGAACAGAUCACAUACAUGUCCCCCUGGCACAAACUUGUGAUUUGGACACAAAUUAAUCAAACUGAUUUGAUGUGACUCUCUGCAGCUGUUCAGUGCAGAGUUUGUUUUCCUAUUCUCAGAUUCAAGGCACACAGGGCACUUGCCUUUUUCAUAGGCUUGUUUUGAGUCUGCUUUUGUCUUAAUUGCAGUUUGGCCUCAAACAAAACAAAGGAAAAAUCUCACCCAAAAUAGAAGCUGCAUUUUGGAGUUCAUCCUCUUUCUUCUUACUUUCUCAUGUUUGGCAUUCAGGAAAACAGUUGGAGUUAGGAGAGGGAGAGGGAAGUGUCUAUUUACUAAAAGUGGAGUUGGUUUUAAGAAUCAGCACCAGAAAACGGUCUGAUCUUGGUGAUAAAAGCACUAGAAAAUCUCACACUGCAGUAUCAACGAAUGAGUCAUAUCAGCCAUUGAUUCCCAACAGACUACACACAUUAGAAAACCUUAAAUCUGCGUCUGUGUUUUCAUUCACAGGGUGAACCCUGUCAAAUGUUUUCUACAGCCUCUUCUGCGUCUAAUUCUGCAGAUCUAUUUCACUCAUCUGACUGUCAGCAGUAUUUCUAUCUCUACAAAGAUUCACCCUUUUGUACUUUUAUCAGAUUUGGAUGCAUGGUUUUACAAUAGUAACUCACCCAGGAUGACUUUUAUCGCUCACAUCUGAGAAAUCUUAAAAUCCCAAGAGGCUGAAGUCAUGGUCAGGGAUUAAGUGCUAACAAAACUGCAUUACUGCAGGAUGGUUUUACAUGCAAGUAAAACUCAUACUCUACUGUUUGGCUCAGUAAUCUGCAACAAGAUUGAUAAGUGGGGAAGUUAAACCUGACAGCUCCAUCUGCCUCCUGAUUGUUUUUGGCAUGUUUAAUAGACUCUAACACAGUACGCGACCCAUUUACAGAGAAAAGAUCCAACAAAGAUAACGCAAGAGGAAAAUCCUGCAAUAUGUAAGAGCAUUUGCUCUGUUGGUAGACUGUUAUUUUAUCACUUACUGCUCGUCUGUUCUGAUAAUGACAGAAAAACAUGCUGCAUUUUUGCUCUUUUUAUCAGACCAUCUUCACUCUGCUCUUUUUCUCUGUUGGUGUAGGGAUUAAAUUAUUGUCAUAAGUCUCCCUUCUUGCUUUAAGCUCUGCAGUCACUGAAACUUGAUGUGUUGCUUGGAGGUUUGGGAGACAACAUUUACAUCCUGGUGACUUCAUGGCCAAAAGGAAAGUACUGACAUUUUGAAAAGUAUGUCUGCUCUUUCUUGCCUCCAGUCAGAUGAACAGAUUGGUGCCUCUUUGCACACUUAAAGCAGCAGUAUUCAAAAUGAACCUACACAUCAAAAAAGCCUCCUGCCUCUCACUCUGCUAAGCCCCUCCCACCAAAGCAGGCACACGAACUGCUGAACUUCUUUCUUAACCCAUCUGCUGGUUAAUUAAUCUAUUUGUACAAUUCACAAGUUAUAUAACAGUUUUGAUGUAUGUUGGUCCAAAGCAGAACUGUUAGGUUGCCUGGCAACCAGUGAAAACUCACAGCAACCACUGAAAAGAACCAAAAAAUGAAAGCAUGGCAGGUGGUCCUCACAUAGUAGCAGUUUUUACAGAUUAGAAGUCACUUUAAAACACUGUCUGCUACCUCCUCUGGUUUUGUGCAGCAGUAUAGAGGAGCAUGCUGAUUGUAAUGUUUUAAACUUGUUAAAAAAAAGUAGUGGAAAAACUUUUAUUCAAGCAUUUAAACUACCAAAAGAGAAGUUUUAAUGAAGAGGAUCUUCUCUUGAUGUGGAAAUCAGCAUAUAUGUCAUCAUAUUAAUUAGGGGUGGGAAUCACCAGUGGCCCCACGAUACCAUAUUAUUGCGGUUUUUAACAUUUUGCAAUACAGUUAGUUUGCGAUACAAUAUAUUGCGAUUUGUAUAAUUUUUUGAACUGUUUGGCUAGUUUAGCAUUUGUCUUUCCUUUAUGUUUGUCUUAUUUACACUGUAUUUUAUUUUCAUGCAGCACAUCUUGCAAACCUUUUAUAUUUUUGUUGUACUAACUUUCACCUGCUCUAUGAUGUCACCUCUGCCAACCUCACUGGACAAACACUGGACCCCAAAUGUAAAUGCAGAGGAAUGACAUGAAAAAGCAAUCAAGGCUUAGCUUCAAACAAAAGCAGAAAAACUUGAUUGAAACUGAAACCAGCUGUUAAAAAAGCACAUUGAAAAUAUUGUUUUUAAGAGGUCAUUAAAUAAAUUGCACAGCAGCGAGUGUAGCAAAAUUUUUGACAAACUUUCUUAGUAGACUAUGCUUGAAAAAGUGGAAAAAGAGUCAGUUCUCAAAAACAAGUGCCAGCUCGUGCAGGGCUGAAAACAAUCUGUACCCACUUACUCUCAAUUUUCGUGAAUAUCCAUCAUACUCUGCUCUCAACUCAGCAGCAGAAGCCCCCAUGGUUUUAAAACUGAAAUAACAAUAAACCAACCAAAUCCCCAAAUGAAUGAGAAACCUAAUGAUCCAUGAUCUUUGUUUUCAUGUUCAUAUUACCAGCUUUGUGUAAAUCUCUAAUUUGGACCAGUGUGUCCUAAAUUUCUCUCAAGCCAUGAAGCCAGAUUUCACAUUUUGGAAACAGCACACACAGCAACUUUUCAUCACAAUCAGUUGGAUGUCAUCCAAAUGAUGCAGCAUAUGCCAGGUCUCACAGGCAGCAUGUCUCCAGAGGAUCUUAAAUUAUCUGUGCUUGGUAGGUUUGAAUUCUAGUUGUUCCUGAGAGUAACCUUAGAUUUGCAGCCAAACAGCCAAAAAGGAAACAAAUGGAACGGUGCAUUUUUGAGUAGAAGUGAUCUUUCACGUGCUCUGGAAAAACAACACAAAGCCAUGUAGAAAAUCAGACUGUGUCCUUGCAGAGAAAGGAGAUAUUGUGCAGAUUUCUUUGGAGGCAUGCCUAAUUGUCCCAUAGUUAAGAUUCUCAGACUGAUCCACCACAACUUACCAGGAUACAAAGCUAAGCCUCUUAUUUACUCUUAGGUGCAGACAAACCAGCAGCAUUUUCUUUCAUCCUGACAUAAAACCAUGUUGCUGCGUACCUGAAGCAUUGGCAUUUGAUGAAUGGCAGGCUGCUGUUGUGCUCUGCAUGUUAUUCCUCUUGGCUGUUGUUCUGUUGCCUCCCCCUUUCUGAAAAAUAUGAUUUUUUUCACCCUGCUGUGAUGGAUAUAGAUUUUCUCUGUUGAGGCAGAUACCUGAUUUUUGAACCUUUCACACAGACAUCUCUGGUUUGUUUAUCUAAAGGAGGGUGUGAACAUCGGAGGAAUAUUUGACAUUUUGGGAAAUACACUAACCUGCUUUCUCAGAGAGUUGUUGUUACUGCCACCAAAUGUCAAAAGCCAACUGAUUUAUUAUGAAUCGACAGCCUGGGAUAAAAGUAAAUGAGGCCAGGAUAGGAGUUAACCGGUGAACAAAUUAGCUCAAAUUCCAAACUCAAGGCUCCCAUAAGGAGUUUUUAAUGGGUAAUGACACAGACUGAAACACAAAUCACCAAUUUUAAUGCUUGUGAAAGCUGCAAGAGGGCAUGAAUGCUUAAAAAUCGGUUAGAGUAUGAAAUCUGGUAAUAUGCCUGUAAGAUUAUUGCUCUGCAGCUUGUUUCUUCAAAAAGUUGAAAAAUGUAGAGAUUAAAACAACUUAAAAUCAAAAAGACAAAACUAUUUAAAAUCAAAAGACAAAACAUUUUAAAAUCAAAAAGAUAAAACAAUUUAAAAUCAAAAAGACAAAACUAUUUAAAAUCAAAAAGACAUAAAACAAUUUAAAAUCAACAAGACACAAAACUAUUUAAAAUCAAAGACAUAAAAUGAUUUUAAAUCAACAAGACACAAAACUAUUUAAAAUCAAAGACAUAAAAUGAUUUUAAAUAAAAACAAAAUGAUUUCAAAUCAAAAAGACAUAAAACGAUUUUAAAUCAAUAAAACAAACAGAUACAUAUAUACAUUAGAGGUAAACAAACAACAGGAAAAAACCUAUUGUAGAUUGAUUUUUUAGUCAGAAAUUUCAAAUAUGUUGUUGCAUUUGCUCUUUAAAUUUUUUAUGAGCAGUAUCUGAGUUUGCUUUUUUUUUCCAACUGCUGUCCAAAAUCUUACCACAAUUCAUUUACUAUAAUUGACAAAAAGCAACCAAAUUUUUCAUGUUCAAAUUAAACAAGUGCAGGUGAGACCGGCUCAAAGUUACAGCAAGAAUCAAUAUGCCAAAAGAAAGGUCUUCUAUACCUCAUUUAGUUCUUUUUGACAGCUGUACAGUGGAGAUGUUUUCCAACAACUUCGAUUCUGAAUAUAUUAAGGCAGAGUUUGGCAGAAGUAUGCAUAAAUAUGGGGAUGGCUGACUUGACUGACGGAUCAGCGUGCUCUAGGUCUGUGGCCUCAGCUCCACCUCUCCAAGUUGAUUGAGUUGUCAGAGGUCAGCCGAAGUUUGCAUUCAAAAUAAGGCAACAGUCAUCUUUGAGCCUGAGGAAAUUCAGCAUCGUCAUGGAGACUACGUCAACACUGGUAUGAGUAAUUCUUCUCCCAAAUUAUCAGAGCAUUAGCAAAAUAACAAAAAAAUAGAUAAUAAAAGAAGCAGAUUCCCUUCCAGUAUUUGCUAAUGCAUUUUAAUAUGUGAUUUCACCCUGUAGACAAUUGCCAUGCAUAUUCUAGAUGACUGUUUUUCUUCAUCUCAGUUCCUUGAAAGUGCACAUUUAGUGCUGUGCCUCUUGGUGGUAGUUCAAAGUCUGCAGUCAUCACAGAAAGGGCAUCCAGAGGUCCUGCCCUUAGAGGCCUUUCACACAAUUUAAUGUUGAUGGGUUUCUGGAGCAGCUGUUGGCUCAGCGCAAAAACAUUUUUAUUUUUUUUCUGCAUGAUUCCAUGUCCUUGGUGUCGUUUACCACAGCCAGAAAUGUGGUAUUAUGGUAAUUUACUUUCUCUAUUUGCACACCACUUAGCAGUCUGAGGUUCCGAGCCAAAAAGUGUUAGUAGAAGCAUAUUAUGACUGUAUGUAGUUUUGACUUUAAGUAAAAUAAGCACAAUCUCUAACAGACAGAUAUCAAAGCGACAGAAGGUUUAUUUAUAGACACAUCAGCAAACGCAGAGAAGCAGGAGAGUGGCCGUGGUCUGGUCCCUGGUUCUGUCUGUUUGCAUUUGAUUUGAAACCCUUUGUGCACAAUUAUACUUUGAUAUUUCAGGUGGAAGGGAAUGAAACACAACACAGGGAUUUGGUGCAACAUUUACCAUGUCUGUUCCCACUUUCUCUUCCAUUCAUCAUCUCAGGCUUCUGUGCUCAUUGAACUGAACACAUGGCCUUGAACAACACUUCAGAUGGUGCGAGCUCUUUCUCUGAUGUUGUGGACAUGAAUCACUUUGGCGCUGCUUCGUGGAGAAUAAAGAGAGUAUUGAUUUUGCUUUAUGUUGUGUAGCUUUCUGUGGAUCUUUUCAUGACAGAGGGGACAAACUACAUUUUAUUGAUACCAACAGAAAUCAAAAAUCAAGUGCGUUAUGUAAUUCAUCUGCAUGGAGUGUACUUGUGAAUAAGAGGGUUGAAUGUCUAUUAUAUUCUUGAUGCUGCAGGGUGCUGUCUGUGUGUGUACCAACCAGAAGCUUGAAGUGCAUGUGCAUAUUUGGUGCAGGGCUGGGAUUACAAUCUCUGUCAUAGUGCUGCAGUCAUUUCCUGAUAGAGAAGAUGUGUUUUGUCAAGAACUGCUGCUGAACAGUAUUGUGUGUCUGUUUCAAAGAAACCAUGUGAUCUAAAUAUAUUUUAAACACGUGCAGUACAUCAGGGAUGCUCUGACACCAUUUUUCCUCAGGAUACUAAUUUGCAUGUUUAGACGUUUGCGUCAGUCUCCAGUGUUGAAAAAUGAGGCCAGUGUAAAAAUGUUAUCAACUGUAGUUCCUCUAGUCUCCACUUGAAGUUAGCUCCCAUUGACACCCAUGUAAAUAACUGCAAAGUUAAUGUUUUCAAAGCAAUCUAAUUGUUGUUUUUUCAAGCCCCUGGUAACGAACAGCCAAACAGAGUGGAAUACCUGCUGUUGUGCAUUGCGAUGUAUGUGUGCGCGAUAAUCACAUUGCAGAGCCUGCGAUGUUGAGAGGCAAAAGAACUGCCAGCAGUCAAUCAAAAUCAUAGAGGAGGAAACUGCGCCCCUGCACAUGGAGUGAGUCGCUGGCGCUACCGGUGUUUUACCGAGAAUUGCAUACCCACCAAGAGUUACUUACGGAACAUUACUCAUCCCUGUUUAGCCCCACAAAUAAGAAUUGUAUGGGUUUUCAAUUGUACCUUUUCGUGGACCACUGUACGAUAAGCGUUUUGCAAGGUGCAUGCAACAUCAGUUAUCUGGAAUUAUUUCGGUGAAGGAUGAUGUCAACCAAAAUUAUGUUCUGUAUCGGCAGUGCCUUUUAUCUGUUGCCACAGUAAUGUCCCAACACAAAAAAAGCAAACUAAAAAUAUCUCUGAGACUGACAGAAGCCAUUCUACGAGGACUGGGUGAUUAUUUGAUCGUGAUCAAUGAUCGUGAUAAAAUUUUCUCUAUCAAACAUAGCGGAAAUGUGCACCACAACAGCCAAUCAGAGGCGAGCUUUCCCUGCUCACUUCUGUAAGUUACCGGAGAAAUAAACAAUGACCUAACGUGGAGCUAGACACGGAGCUGAGGGCAGCAAAAUAGAUGUCAGCUAUGACUUUGAUUCAUCCUCUUAAAGUGUUAUUGUAGAGAAGUUAUUCAACGUGACGUUGAGUAAUUAAGUUGAUGUUUAAAAACCAGCAACACAACAAAUCUGUUUAAACAUUUAAAGAAGUUCUUCCCGAGUGAUUAUGCGGAAAGCAUGAAAAUGUGAGCGGAGUCUGCACAGCCUGUCACUGCUGACGGCACAAGUAGCAGUAGCAGUUUAGCUACAACUAGCGGUGCAGCCACCAGACCAAAGCAAUUAAUCUUAUCAUCUACAUUUACACCAUCUAAUGUUUACAUUUUAAGGUGUCUUCAUUAUCCCUGAGGGGGGAUUUGUUUAUUUUGGGUCUUGCAUAUUUGCAAAAAUUCUCAGGACUGUAAACUAGCUCACUGUAUUAUUUAGUAUUUAUCUACAUUUGUUGUACUGUUGAGUUAAAAUGUUUUUUAUAUUUUUCUAAGUGUAUCCUAUUCUUUGUUAUUUACUUUGUAUGUUAAUAAAAUGUUGAACUAAUCUGUAUUUUCUUUAGUUUUUAGUACAGAUGUUUUAAAACUGGCAGUUUAAAAAAAAAUUAUGAUAAUAAUCGAGAUCGGACGAUACGACAAAAUAUAUCAUGAUCAUUUUUUUUGCGAAAUCGCCCAGGCCUACAUUCUACUAACAUUUACAAAAAGAGGUGCAGUUUAAUUGUCCACAAGACAUCAGCAGUGCAGCAUAGCAUGAAGUGCUAUUCAGGUCAUCUGGGGAAAAUUCCUGUAUUUUUUAAUAUCGCAAUUUAUAUCGCAGGGUUGAAAAAAUUUGCAAUGUCAGUUUUUUCCAAUAUCGUGCAGCCUGAGUCCAUACAGUAUGCAGUGUUAGCAUUCUGAGAACCACUUUGAUACUGGUGUGAUCAAAAGUCAGUGGUGGAAAAAUACUAGUUAAUCACAUUUGCUGGCAAAGACUAACACUGCCAUUUUUUUGUCAUUGGGAUGGUGCAAUUUAGUAGAGGUGGGAAUCACGAAUUGCCCCACAAUACGAUAUUAUCACGAUACUUUGGCCACGAUUCGAUAUUAUCACAGUUGUAAACAUUUUGAGAUACAUUGAGUAUUGCAGUACCAUUUAUUGUGAUUUGUACAGUUUUUGCUUAGCUGAUGUAGCAUUUGUCUUUUCCUUAUCUUUGUCUUAUUGAUGCAUAUUUUAUUUUCAUGUUGGAAAUCUUGGAAACCUCAAGUGUCGUGUGCAUCUCAUUUGUGCCCUGCUUGCAUUACUAAUGUAGGUGCUGCUAUAUUUGUUGUACUAACUUUUUUCUGCUCGAUGAUGUCACUUCUGCCAACCUCACUGGACAAACAGUUGAUUUUAUUUUUCUAUUGUUAUAGAUUGACUUCAUAUCAGCAAUUACUUAAAAAAAUCAAUACUUGGUUAAUGAGACGAUACGAUAUAUUGCCUGACAAAAUAUCGCGAUACUAUGCUGUAUCGAUUUUUUCUCCCACUCCAACAAUUUAGUAUACUUCAACACAGUGCAUGAAAGAGCUUUCAUACCAGGCUAAAACAUGGGAAGAACACACAAAAUUUAUACUUGCAGGUGAUUUUAUUCCAGUCAAUCAUGUCUGCUAGAGAUGACCUGUAUAGACAAAGUUGUACGAACUCACACUCAGAUUUUUGAUUUUGGGGUUGUAGAGAUGCCAUUCAGCAGGUUUCUUGUUACUCUUAUGCUGUCAUGUCAGGUUGUAUGGGGAUGGUGCUCCAUCAGCCUAAUAAGAGUCCAUUUUUGUUGGGCGUGUUGGUUCCAGUCAUCAGAAGGGUGGAUAUGAUAGAGAUGCUGUUUUGAAGCAGGCUAGCAUUUUGAGAACAGCAUUUCGAGACAGGCUGGUCCUCUGCUAUCUUUUUUUAUCCUCUACCUGUAAUGGGAGCCCUCCAGCUGCACAGGAUGCUUCCCAUCAUCCUUCCUUGUUUUCGCUCUUGCUUAGUCUCUCAAAUGGGUCUGCUGGCUCACUGCUCAAUGCAAGCACACAGCCAGGCUUCACAGUGUGUCUGAUCAAAGAUACAAAACAUACAUGUGUGAAAUCCUCUGAACUCAAUGGCUGAUUUAGAAAGAGACUAAAUUUUCUUCUUUAUUUGAUUAUCAAUGUAGACAAAAGAUUUAAGUGUGCGGCGGAGUGACUCACAGUGGACGUGUGUAAUAGUGUUUGCCUCGCAGCGUUAACUUGUUUCAUAAAUUAUCCACAGCACCAUACUGAUGAAAAAGGGGGCUCGGAGCUAGGAGAAGUAGGUUUUACUACUGGGAUUGGCAAAGGAAGCAGGCUAUUCCUUUCAGUUCUAUGUGUUGACUCUGCAUCCCGACAUAUUGAAAGUGAAUGCAUAUUUUAUGACAGAGCUGUUGGAGUGAGGGGGAGAGAGGAACACACACACGCAGACACACACACACCCACAGAGCGACGUUAUCAUGAGAGAAAGUUGUGUGUUUCAUUUGGCGUGGUGUGUGGGUGUGUUUGAUAGCAAAACACUUAUGUGUGGCCUGUGUGGGCCUGCGGUGUGACAUCUAAUUCUUUGUGCAUUUCUGCGUUAGGUUUCUGCCACAGCUGUGUGGUCAACAACAUGUGUCACAGUCAAGUGCUUUGUAAGAGGUUGUGUGAUCCACUUCACACUGCAUGAGGCUGAAGAAGCAGAGGAUAAUAGGAUUCAGACAGAGGUGUCUUCGGGGUUGACAGGAGUGCUGCAGCCUGUUAGAUUAUGCGAUGGAAAUGCCAGAUUCCCCUGCAUAAUGAUUCAUCAUUAAUGCCGAAAGGAAAGGCUGUGGCAGGGAGGGUCAGACAAAGUUAUUUACAUUAACUGUGAGCAUGCAUUCGGAGAAGGAGAGGGGAAAAUCUUUAGAGCACAUUAAUGGUGUGCAGAGAUGAGCAACACUGUGCAAUGUAAGCUUAAUCACUUCCUGUCGCAUGUGCAGGUCCCUCAGCUGCUUUUUCUACACUGACAAGUUAAUGCCUGGCUUCAUAAAUGGCCCAUUUACAGACCCCUAUUAACCCGGAGGUGAAACUCUCAUUAGGGGAAUAUAUGGUUUACCAAUCUGCACAGUCAACCAAAUAAAUUACAUUUUUCAUUUACCACUCCCAGUAACCAGCUUAUAAAAGGAUCCACGGUCAGCCAGGGAGGGUAUGGCUUUUAUUUGUACUGAAGUUAAGCUCCUCACUCACUCUGUUAAAUGAGUGAACACUUGUUAUAAAAUUAGCAAUAUGAGAUUCACUUUAAAUGAUUUUUUUGUCCUCUAAAAAUGCUCAAAGCAUGCUAGUCCCCCUAUUUAGACGUCAUACUAAGACAGCCUCUGUGCUAUUUAUGCCCACUUUAUUAUUCCAUUCAAGUAAGCAGAUCUUUUAAUAUAUCUUUCUAGCAGAUGACUGUCAGCUGGACAGCUUGGGUUCAUACUCCAUGUCGUGAGACAUCGGCCAUGUGGAAGAGGGUUUGGAGAAAUCACUGCCAGCUCCAGAGUUGAUGGUCUGUGGCUGAUUCUCCCAUAUGGGCCUUUCAGGGGUCCAGUAGAAAAGCACAUGGAUCGUUUUGCCACCUGAGCUGAGCUCAUACAGGUCGCUCAGCAUUUCAGCAGCCAUCUGGACUAAUGACCCACCAACUCAGAGAGCAGUUAAAUGAAGGAGUUUCUUGAACAAAUGCCAUAUUAUGUAUUUAGCCUCCAGUUUUAGGGGCAAAAUAUAAGCACCAUAUGGUAGAGGGAUUUAUCUCUGCAGGUCAGGUCAAACUGAAACUGUUACAUCCUGGCUUUGCUGAAGGGUAAAUAAAGCUUUACGUUCUGUGUUGAGAUUUAUCAGUUUAGCCUACAAGUAAAAUGGUUUAAAACCAUCAGGGCGUCCAGCAAUGGGAGAUAGCAUUAACUCAAGUGGAGCUCAAAGGAUUACAAACAGAUGAGUAUCAGCUGCUUCAUUCAUGAUUUUAACUGAAUGGGUGUGUUGCUACUAGCUGAAAUGUCAUGUCCAAUGGUAUCCAUUAUAAUGCACAGCUGUAAGUGAUUAUAUGUAAAAAGUGGAUGCCAACCUCCGUUUUUUGCCUUUUCAAAUUCUCAAGCUGAUGUUGAUGUUGGUUUUAAUGAGCCAGAAAUAACUGUGUUUGGAUGAGAGGGUGCAGCUAAGCUGUAUUCAUCUCAGGUCAGAGGAAACAUAAGUCAAGCUGGGUACAGUCAGGGACAGGAUCAAUGUCUGCUAAUUAGUGCUCACAUAAACACAAGAUCAUUUUACAAUUACACCAAAUAAAUAAGAAAAAUUCACGGCAGACUUCACUGAUGGCCUGUUAGUGCAAUAAACUCUAAAGUUAGACAGAUUAUGUCACUGGUAAAGUCAAGUUCACUGACAGAAAUUAGCUGAGUAAAACUGCCACUAGCUGAAGGGAAAAAAUACAACUAUUUGUUCCUGGAUGUAAAAUCUUUUAGCUAGUUGCAGCAUAAAAUUUUGAAUUUGAGCAACCGUUUAAAGUUAGACGAGUCUGAAAACUUGCACUUAAGUGAGAAAUACUGUGGUUGUAGUUGAUUGUUGUAGUUGACAAAUUUCCCAAGGGGGACAACGAAGCAUGUUGUAUCAUAUCGGAGCUUAUCAUGUCUUAUUGUGUCCAAAGCACAUACGUAAGACAGAAAUCAUCCAUCAGUAAUGUUAUGUGUCUUUCAUUGAAUAAUUUGACCAAAGUAUUGAUGUGUGUUGAUUGAGGAUGGAUUAGUUCUGAGAGCAGAACUAAUCCAUCCUCUGUAGAUCAGUAGCAGAGUCAAUAAUCUCCUAAUCAGUGGGUCAGCCAGGUUCAAUCCCAGGGCUGUCCACAUGCCGCAGUGUCCUUGGGCAAGACACUUGACCCUACUUGACCCUACUUGGCUGAGCCCAGUGGUGUGUGAAUAGAAUAAGUCCAAAACCGAUGGGCUCUAUACACAGCAGCCUCUGCCAUCAGUGUGUGAAUGAGGUGUGAAUGUUGCGUGAUGUAAAAGUGCUUUGAGUGGACCAGAGAAAGCUCUGUAUGAACACAGUCCAUUUGACAGCGAUUGCUGUUGUUUUUUGGAUCUCUUUCACAAAGUUGAGCCCUCCCCUGAAAUCUAACCUCCUAGUGCUCGUAUACAUAAGACUGCAACGACUGCUGCUACUGGUGCCUCUGCCACUACUUUUGUCAAUGGUUUAAUAAGACACUGUGAGCCUUAUUUUGCCUCAGACUGAUGUCAUACUGCAGCCUUGGGAGAUUCAAGUGCCAGCCUUGCAGCAGUGUAGGCUGGUGCUGGAUCUCUCUAUCGUUAUACGUCUCCUUUUUGGUGCAACAGCAUUUGUCCAUGACUAAUUCUAUACAACAGGGUGGUGCUGGUGCAUUUGGACAAGUUCACAACUUACUCCUGCUGCAUACUCCAGUGCUCACACUGCAGCACAUCAGAAAUACCUGCUGCUUUUCAAUAUACCUCCAUCUUUAAUAUUCAGGUGGAGUUUCGGGAAACUUGUGACCAUCCAGUAUCUGUAUCUCAGCCUUGGUUUAUGGGUUGUGAGAUCAGAUAAUGCUGUAGCCCCUUAAACACAGAGCCAAAUAUAUUUGAGAUAAACUGGUUAAAGAUUUGUUGUCAGACUUUACAUCAUGUUGAUUUGGAGUACACGUCUUCAUUAGGAGAGGAUGUUUGUACCAAUAACAGUAAAAUUCAGGUAGGUAUUAAUCGUUUGUCAUUAUGUUACACUAUUUCUGUAUCUAUUCAGUCUCUGUCUCAGUCACUGAAAGCAAAAUUUUAAAAUACUUCUGAUCCAUGUUGGCCUCUGUACUCCUCAGCUCAUUGUAUCUCUCCACAUAUUCAGCAUCUCAUGAAGACUACUUGGCGUAUGCGCACUAACAGUAUGGAGAAAAACAUUCAUUUUCCACGCUCUGCAUGACCUCCUUGCUCCCCACUAGCAUGCACCAAACUCUGAAAAAAAGCACUCCAGUGUAUACUAAAGACCCAGACUCUUCAGUUGAAAAUAGUAACAUGCUUUUGUCAAACACAGUAAUUUAAAUAUUGGGUGCAAAAUGGCUUGCAUGCAGUAAUAAGAGCUGAGGGCAGUUUCAAGACAACAUUUUAGCUAAUUAGCAGCACAAAUUUUAUGAAAAGUUUUUUUUGUUUGUUUUACAUGCAGAGGGCUGGCAGACUGUACAAAAAUAGCAAGCAGCAGGAACCCUUCCUCGAAAUGUCGACUAAUAUUUUCCCUGUAAUGCCACCCUGCUGUGACAUGGUGGUGUUGUUGGCAGGCAAACCUUUUUAAAGCUCCAGUGAAAAGAUUUUUGACACUUAUAAAAUAGACCAACAUUUACAUAUAUACUUUUUCAGUGAUAUAAAAAAAAUACCAGCCAAACCAUCAGCAACAAGAUUGACAAUUAAAAAUGAAAUGAAACAAUUGGUUGUUAAAAGUUUGCAUGUAGAAGGCUAGUGGAAAAAAGUGGAAUCAACAGGGGGCGCCAAAAGUGACACAAAGUGAAAGUUCCUCACAGGAGCUUUAAAAAUGUUGUAAAUGAAGUAAACAAAAUUUAAUGCUCUGUUCUUGCAUAUCUUUAAUAAUAAAGACUGUCACUUUAGUUGUAAUUAAGGUGACCAGAAGACACAGAAAUAGAGAAAAAAAAAUGUUUUUUGUAAUUUUGUAGUGUAGCAAAUAAAAAAAAGUCAUCUGACAGCUUCAAACUUACUUCUUCUCCUACAACUUGAGGCCAAAUAACUUUCUCAGGCCUGAGUUGGAGUUUAUGUUGCAAAAUGGCAUGCGAUAUAAAGAGAGGUCGCUGCGUGGCUGAUCUACAGUGAGAUUUAACUCUGUCACAUUUUAUUUGCACAGUGGAAACAAUCAGUUUAUCAAUAAUUGUGAGUAUGUCUUAAUCUGCAGCCAUCCCAGAGGUUUUAUCCUGACAGAUGCCUUAUUUUAGAGAUUAGAGUUUGUCAAGUGUGAGGACUGCAGCUUGAUUAAGUUGUUUACCCCAAAUGUAUCUUCUUGUUCAGCUCUUGUGUUUUUCAUGCUUUUAUCUCAUCAGUCCAUCGUAAAAGAAAAGUGAAAAAGUUCCUGUCUCAAGGUAAAGUUAUACCAGAAAAACAAGCUUCUUUGGUAGAGAGGUGCUAAAGUUUGAUCAUAUUAUUAUAUUCUCAGACAGUCGUUUCUGUAUCUUGUUUACAUUUGUUUCAAUAAAUCUAAAAUGAAAUAUAUCUUGAUUUAAUCAUGUGCAGACAAGUUCCCAACUGCCACCAAAACAAAUUUGUUUAUCGAGCACUUGCGAGACCUUUUUUUCCCCCACGCACAAGAUGUUGUUUAUUUUGUGAUUUAGUAACACACAUCCAAAAUGAUAGAUUCCACCAUGCUCUUUAUUCACCAUCUGUGAUGAUCAUGAUCUUGAGAGGAAGACUCUUCAGCACCUUUUGCUUGGUCUGUUGAUGCCAGACAUGCAGUGACAGGCACCACAGAAGUGACCCAUGAUUCAUCUCCCUUCCAUCUAGCAGUAAUUAUCGCUGCCACGGCCGCUGCAUCCUAUGUCAUCAUCCCCCAAGAUGUUGUAAAUGAAACUCAAUGGACGUUCGGUGACAUGAAAGCCUGAUCUGUUUCCUCCUGUAGGGUUAUUUCACAUGCUGGUGAAAAUAUGAGGCUUUUAAUGUAAAUUUAUAACAUCAGAGGAGAGAGAACUACCUUUAGGUUUUUAGGUUUUUAGAUAUUUGCUCUACAUGCUGAAAUGAGGUGAUUAAGGCGAUAAUGGGGAUCUGUGGCCGCUCUGAUAUUGAAACAUCCUUCCUCUCGGCUCUGCUUUCAAUAUUUCAUACUGCACUAUGUUACACUUUUUUUUAGUUUCUUGUUCAAUUCAGCUUUGACAUUUUCAUUCUGGAUGUAAUCCAUCUCAUAUCUUGAAAGCAGACUUUCUUUUCGUGCAACAGGAACAUGUUAAGAUUGCAUAAUGACAGCUGGAUCUCUCAUGUGGUACGCCAGAGCUGCACUCGUUUGCCCAGAGGCUGUUGGCACUCGUGAUGAUUACAAAAGUUAUAAUCCGUACAUGAGUGAUUAUCCCAGGACACUUACAGAGGAGGUCUAGACCAUACUCUUGUGUAUUUUGGGGUGGAACUAAAAAUCCAGUCUCUGCAACAUUACGCAUACCAUCUGCCUCAACUAGUAAGGAUGAAAAAUGGGAUAGCAGGACAGAAAGAAAGAGAUGGAUAGAUGAACAGACGGAUGGACGAGGAGCUGGCAGCCCAUUAAAAUGAUCUACUGGAGCUAAUUUUUUAACAAACUUUUGGAAAGAUAUGGUCAGGAGUAACUAAUAUGAGUUAAUGAGACAUGAAUACGCAUUCAUGUCUCAUGAGGAUGCAUCAGAGCAGGCUUUGUCAAGUCCUCUGGCAGCCGGAGCCUAUAGCAGCCAUACACUGUAUAUACUAUGGACAACUUGGCGCCGCCUUACGCCAUUAUAUGAAUUUGAAGCUGAAUUGCUCUCAGUAUUUCCGGGAUUUUCUCCACUUCCUGGAACCACCACUGGUGCUGUAGCGUUGUACACAUUUGGCGGUAGAGUCGCUGUGAUGGCGCUCGGCUCAACCAGCGUAUCCCCUAGGUGAGCUACGCAAUCUUCAUACGCCCAUGGGCUUGUCAAGCGUCAAUCGUAGAAAACACGAAUUCCCUAAACCAGUCUUACAGUAACUACAUGUCAACAUCGCAACCAGGGGGGAGAAAAAUGUAUAUUCUGCGUAAUAAAUUUCCAAAGUUUGUCCACAACUCCAUAGGGAUUGCUAGAGGAGGCAGGAUUUAUGACCCAUACUGCAGCCCGUCACCAGAGGGUGCUGUUAUUGCAGUGGCUUCACCCAGCAAGGAGGCAGACAGCGUCCUAUCUAUAUACAGUCUAUAAUGGCAGCCUAUAGUAGGGUACCUGGGGGCCCAAGUCAGACACAACUAUGAGCUGUAUCAAAACUGUGAAUGUUUAUAGCUUACUGUUAAAAGUGGAGAAGGUAACUUGGUUGGUGGAUGAUUCUUAAGGGGGUUGGGCCUUAUCAUUGAAAGCUCUAUCUCCCAUACGAUUCUGAGACACGUAACGCACCACAAGCAUCCUUAAAGAGCCGUGCUGAAAGGAUGGUGACAUAGAAGGAUUUUAACUUCUGAUUUUUAGAGAGACACUGCAGAGAAGCUUAUAUGGAAGCUAACAUGGGCUUUUCCUCAGUUCUUGUUGGUGUCUGUGCUUCACUCUUUUGGACCUGCUGAAAAGUCUUAUGAGACUUAUUAGAGCAAGAAACAAUCAAGGAGAGGCAGGAGGAAUACCUGUUUUGACGAACAGGGCUAAUCAAGAAGUUCACUUGUUGGAGUGUAAUAUCAUCUUAGCCAAACUUUCACACUCCUUAUUGAUUUUCAGUCACUGCGUUCAUGAAUUCAGCUGACCUGCAGAUGAUGAGCAUCAGGCUGUAGCUACAAGCUCUAUUCAGACGGUAUCUGCGUUAUCCAGGGACACUCCGGUGUCAAAGAGCAUCUAUUCUUACAGCUUCUGUGGGAAAUGUGCCACACAAACAAGCUAAUUUAGCUCUGAGUGUUUUGUGAAACCACUUUCGAAACACUGCCUUUCUCAUGGGUUUGUGGAAGUGAGUUUGGGAACUUCGAUUUCGAGUAAAGUGGACAGCCACACAUCUAAGGCCUCAGCAGUAUGUUGGGCUUUUUAAAGAGUUUCUGCUCUUUAUCGCCAUAAACAUAACUAUUGUUAUUUUUUUAGAUAAUCUACAAUUUUAUAUUUUCACAUAACCAGAAAAAUGUUGCUUUUCAUCCGUGGGUAUAUUUAAAGCUCAUUUAGCCCCUGAAAGAGAUAGGCCUCCUACAGAUCCCCGAUGCGUACUUUGCAUUUUUGUCUUUAUUGGAACGUCAGUGUUUCCUACGCUGUUCUCUACAUCUUCAUGAUGAGGAGGGAAAACACUUUGAAAUAGGUCAGCAGGGAGAGCAAUCAGCCGCAGCACCAUCUGUCCCCCUAAUGACUACCUGGUUGCUCUGUGAUGUGACACGCUUGGCUGGAGAGGCUCUGUUGCAGACAUCCUCUCAUUAAAUCUCUGCAUUUCAGCCCAUCUCUGCAAAAAUGAUGACACAUGAUCAGGCCUGUUUCCUGCCUAAACACAAGACGAUAUUCCUUCUAUGUAGCCUCAUUAGUGUGGGAAGAGGAGGAGAAAAGCAGGUAUGAUUGUAUUUCAUUGUAACACACUCAAAGUGAACAUGAAGUAUACAAGCAUCAUGUUCUGAAAUUGUCUGAGAAAACUGGAAUACAGCGUUGCACUGUUGUCCCGUAACUCUGAUAAUAAAAAGUGUUUGCUGUGGCAGAGUAAUGAUCUACUUCAAGAUUUUAUAAUCCUCUGAUCAACUGACUGUAGGAACUGGCCGGGAGGAGGAUUCCCAUAAACUCAUCUUUAAACAAACUCAUUUGAAUAAAGUGUAACUUCCUCGUGCACUUUCAAGAUGUUUUUGAAGAAAGACAAGGCCAAGCUUCACGUGCUCAAAAACAGAGUUUGUGAAUGUCUCUUGGAUGAAUAAUCCCUCUUUAUUAUGUGGAAAAAAUCCCGGUGUAGUGCCCUUUAAGCUGUCUCACAGGCUACACGAAGGUUUGGCAGAGAUCCACCUUAAUGCAUCAGGACUUCCUGCCAGCGUCUGGCUCCAGCUGGUGCCCUUUUAACUUCUUCACCCUUGCCCCCUCACACAGCCUGAGAUCAGCACUGGCUUUUAACAUGUGCACCUGUAAGCUUAUAGACAGAAUUUUGAUGAAAGAUUCUUGAAGAAAAGGGCAUCUAAACUGCCUGUAAACCAUAUAAAAUACAGUGUGUUUAAAAACAUGCACUGUGUUAGAACCAGAGUCACCUCUCCAGGCCCAUCUCAUGUUUCUUUUCUCUUUUAUUAAAGGCAUUUAUCAUGUAGUUUACACUCUUCUCUGGUGACUGAGUGGAACUUGGAUGUUUUCAUUUUUUUCCACUUGCCUCACAACUUGAUUUGUAGCUUACUUUCAAAACCAGACAAAUUCAGUAAUUCAUGAAUGCCUUCUCACAGCUCAAUUAAUAAAACAUCUAAAGUAAGUUAUAUAUAGAGAGAAAAUUCUUAUUGUUCAUGUUUGCAGGGUUUCAAGGCCUCUGCUUUUAGUCUCCAUUGCCAUGGCAAUUUUGUACCUCAGUGUUAUUUUUCUAGUCUGCUCUAGAGAUCCAGAUACAAAGCAGAUCCCUGUUAGUGCUCGGUGCUUUACUGUUACCAGACCUCGCAGUGAUGGACAAUCACAUUCCUGGGACUGACAGCAGCUGCAAGAUCACCAGGGAUACAGACAGGCAGGAGAGAUGGAAGAUGACUGUGCCAGUUAUAGCAUAUACACUAUUCCUCUGUUCACAGAAAAAGCCACACUCAGGAUGGGGGCUUUUUGGUCAAUACAUCAAAUUGUCCCUGCUAAAUCAAACUAAAACCUGGUUAACAAAAGUUUGAUUUUAUUAGUAUUUGAGCCUCCAGCCCUGAGCAUGAGAGGAGAGGGAAAUUGCUGCCAAGUGAGAACAGCUAAUUCAAAGGCUGGGUUAUGAAUAGUUAAUCAGAAUAUCUCAAAGUCUUGCCCAUUAAUCCUUGUUUACGUCAACUGCCUGACCAGCAGUGUGCGACUGCCUGUCCACACACAUUAAUCAUGUCGGUGCUGACACAGGACUGGGUGGGUGAGUUGGUGGGUAGGUAGGAGUGGCUGUCAGUCUCUUUCAAAGCCAGAAAGUCCAUUUUAAUGACCAGUAUGUAAACAAUACUUUCCCCUCCGACAGAAGAAAACUAUCAGCGAAUAAUUCAGCUGUUGUUGGAGGAUAUGUCAGCGCUCACUUAAACCUGAUGAUGCCUCGUAGCCUCUGUGCUGGGGCCAAUACUCGAGGAGCCCAAGAUCCUAUUCAUCCCCUGGCUGUGCACUAAUGCUAAAAAAUCCCGGGCACUCUCCGUAACAUUGAACACAUCACUCAAGUUCUGCUUAUUUGACAUUUGAAAACUGAUCUUAAAUGUGCAGUUGGCAUUUAGUCCGAGAUAAUCCUCUUCAUAAUAAUGUCAAGCUGGAAGCCUUGAAAAUCCCUGUCUGGUUCCUUAUUUUGCGUAUUUCGAGCGUGGGGUAAAUGCUUAAUCUUAAUAAAAAGGUGUCAGUCAUGCCUGGAAUGUACUACAUAGGCUUAAAAAAAAUCAUUCUUUCUUGAGUCUUGCUCUGUAGUCUGCUAGGUAAAGGAAAAUUUCCAAUAAUUCUUCAUAUUAUUGUGGCUAAAACAAAUCAGUACCAACUACUCUGUGGUUUGUCAAAAAUGUAUGCUUUUAAGGUGAAACAAUUUCUUUAAACUCGUGUCAUUUUUUCUUUUUUGACAAAAACAGCCGUCAGUGGAGAAGAAGGUAUAAAGCUCUUACAACAAAAGAAACACUUCUUGUUUGAUGUGUAAAAGAAAUCGUGUUAGAUCAUUCAGGGUGUCAAUCGAAAUUACGUCAUGGUCGCCGAUCCCCUCCCUCCACAUCCAGGAGGUGUGCAAAGCAGAAGCAAAUGACAACGCCCCACAUAGUAGCCGACGUGAGCCUCUGUGAGUUCUCAUUUUUGUUGUUAUUAAGUUUGUUUUUGUUUUUUUCACUUCAGUGAAAAUGACUGUUAUUUAAAUUUGACCGUUAGUGCCUAAUGUGAUACAUUACACAAGAAUAGUGGAAAUUGCAUCACUUUUAUGUAGCCCAUCUUUUGAAAUAAGAUUAACUGUACAAAAUGUAAUGAAUAAAACCAUUGAUCAUAGACUACACUAGCCUAAAAAUGGCGUAGGCCUCUGUACUGUAAGAAAAAGAAACACAAUCAAGAACCUCAAAUCAAAUGGAAUUGUGACCCUAAAAUCAAAAAUUAAAUCAAAUCGAGGAUUUGUAGAAUCGUGACACCCCUAUAGAUCAUCAUUUCAAACCUGUCCUUUCCUUAAAUAUGUAUGGCUUGUUACUGAAGCUGUUGUAAUGCUGUGGAGUUUAUAGAAACCAAGAACAAUCAGUCAUAAUUCAGCCAUGUCAGAUUGUAAUAAGCUUUAUUACUUAGAGGUAUUCACUUAUUUCUGCGGUUGAAUUCAGUUCAAAGCCAAGUCGAAUAAAUCUGUUGACCGGCCAUCUGUGUGACAGGAUCAGAGCCUUUUCAGUGUGCAGGACGCGGCCUUAAACACUUUGAUGACCAAUUAUCUUAAUGGAGUCUCUUUAGAGAGGUGAUUUGUGAAGUUAAAAGAGUUCCCUGCACAUUUUCAAAACAGUUUCAGAGAUUUAAUGCCAGAGAAGAGUGAUGGCUUUCCCGUCCAUCUUUCUCCUUCUGCCUCUGGGUUUAAGAAGGAUCAGGGGUUCGACUCACAUUGCUGUUUUGGUCACUGUCGCGUGCAGUUUAAUUUGGUGUUCUGGUCUCCAUAAUGAGGGUCCUUUAUAAUGUAUUAGCAGAGGAAAGAUAAAGCAACAGGACAGGAUCCUUACAGAGAGCACAGGACGAAUUAAGCAGCAUGAUUUAAAUAUUCCACUUUUUAACAGACAGACUGGUGAGGCAAAUGUUUAUUUUCUCGCUCAUUUAAGAUUUUUAUUUUUUUGCAAAGACUCAAAACAACUUUUAUCACCUCUUUCAAAUUUGCACCCUGCAAAUUCUUAAAAACUUGUCGAAAGCUCUGCCUCGUAAUUUCUCACAGUUGCUUGUUCAUACAUGUCUCUCACAGUGUGAAGUCUUUGUUAUUGAAUGAGGUGGAUGUUGUUGCUGAAAAUGAGUCUCUGGAGGCAGGACAUGAUAUCAAUAGCAUGCUGUAAAAGCCGCUGUGAUAUGUUUACAGCAUAAUUGCUUUUGAAGCAACAGAGACCUUCACUAUGAUGACAGUUUUCUGCAUCUAUCUCAUUUAGACGCCAUCCUGUUUCUUCUUUUUGAACCUUGGAUCUUUUCAUUCAUCCUCGACGCCCCCACACCAAAUCACUCGCAGUAAAUUUGACUGAACAUUUCCUACUGCGUCCUCAUAUCCUCUCCUCCCCUGACUUCAUGCUGAAACUUGACUUCAGGGCAGAAAAAAUGUCUCGAUAUGUUGGGGUGAAAAUGUCAUCUGGUUGCUUUUAACACAUGCAGCUCAUCCUGAAAACUUCAGAGAAGGUUUUAGAAGUUUUGUGCAUGUGUGAAUAAGGCCUAUGAUAGAAUUCAGGAAAGGAUUUCUCAAAACUCUUGAAUAUCAUCAGUUAAUAUUUUACAGUACGACAGAUUUAGCCCACAUUUAAGAUCAGAAAUAAUUCACUUGUAUAUUUUAAACCCUUGGCCGUCUUGCAUGACGAAAAAAAAAACACUAAAUAAAAAAAGCUGCACUGACACUUGUGAGGAACAUAAUGACUUUCCCUGCAAAAUACAUUUCAGUUUACUAUCAGGUGUCUCCUCUUCCUGUAGUGUUAAAGAUUGUUUGUCGGAAACAAGUCUGGUCCAAACAGAAACAAACACCACAGGAAACUGCAAAUGAAAAAUCAGGCCUUUGACUCAUGUCUGUGUGUGAAAAAUCAAACGUCGUCAUGACUGUGGAAGAAGGCGUGAAGCAAAACAACAAAGAAGUUAUUUUUUUAUGAUUCUGUGCAAGUUGGUCACAUUUUCCAAUCUGCAUCUGUCAGAUUAAUUAAUAUACUGUGUUGUAUCCACACUGGUGAUCCUGUUGCUCAUAAUUGCACCAUCAUAGAGCAGCUAUGGAUUAAUUUCCAGCACUUGCCAGUCAAAAGGUUUAAUUAGCAGCAGCUGAACACAUGCAUUAACCACCUGCUGUUUCCAGUCGUACAGAAACAGGCAGUUAGAUAUUAGCUUACAGAGCAGUUCUGUGAUUUAUGCAGGGCUGUGGACCCCACAGAUGCACCGUGUCAUACAGCUUUUAAUCCACAUGUGUAAUCCACUCCAUUAUUUAUAGAUUUGUAUUGGAUAAAAUGAAUCUGGAUAACAUUCAGAUGGGCUGCUGUAAAUGGACAGAUGAGUUUUGGUUCAUGACUUGUACGGUUGUCAGAGAAGAGUGGUUUCCCUCCUCUGACUUCAGUUUGUAGUUCAUUGAAAAAAUCUGGUUGGUGGUAAAUAAAACCUGGCGGGAAGUUGUGCUCUUCAUUACCUUUGUGUUGCCCUUUACUGGCAUCAAGGUGAGCCUUUUCGUUCUGUGUGCAGCCUGAGACACAGCUUCACUUUGGAGAUGGGAACAAAGAAAAUGGACACCGGGCAGCAUCUGUUCAGGGAGAGAGAAUACUGGCAUCAUCCCAGCAGGACCCUAGAUUCCUGUUUGUCUGCAGCUCAGCUUUGAAGUCCUCCACCUUUCCUGCAACAUCUGACGGCAGAAGGGUGCCAAAAGUCCCAACUGUAGUAAUCAAUAGUGAAUCUUUGGCUCUGCUUGUUAUCCCUCUUUCAGGUUCCUGAGUUUCUAUCACAGGUCCUCUGGCACUGACCUCCAAUCUGCCCGUCAUCUUUCAGAACCUGGAAAGCUGGAAAUGAAGCUUAGGGUUUUAGCAACAGCUAAUGAUUUAUUUACAGCAUCUGCUGUGCUUUGGCCUAAAGAUAGCAACAACAGUUUUGGUCUGCCAGUGUCUGAAGGUUGGUUCCCUUUAAAAUCUACAUCUUCUGGAUGGUUAAUAAGAACAGCAGAGUCCCAGGGGUGAAAUCUGCCUGAAGACAAAAUGAUGCUAAUGAACAAUCAAAUACUUAUGAACAAGGUGUUAAUUCUUAUUUAUACUCAUCAUAAAACAACCUCUACAACGCACAGGAACUGCUGUAGAGGAGCAGUGAUACAGUUUCUACUCUCACAUUUAGAUUUAGAAGCUUCUCUCUAAAAGCAUGAUGUCCAGGAUGGACAGCAUAAACACAGAAAUAAAGCCAUGGAUACAUUAGAAAUUGUGUAUCUGGAUAGGUUAAUAAAGCAAAAGCACCCAGUAAGAAAGCUUGUGGCUCUUUGCAUAUGUGCUUUAAAAUAUGUUUUAGCUCACAAGAGAUAUUUAUUUCAGGCUUAGCUGGUUGAGAAUUGCUGAAAAUUCCCAGAGUUGUCUGAAAUUUCCAUGAAAUUGUCCAAGCAUUUCCAGAAAUUUUCAAACAAACCUUUAUAAGGUGUAUUUUUUGGGGGGUAUAUACUAAGUAAGAGACUGUCUUAAUUAACAAUCAUCCGGUCAGAGAACUGGUGAUCACCUGAAGCUAAAUGAGUUACAAAACAUACAGGAAAUGACAUCAUACCCCAUCAAACUGUCAACAUUCAUAUGACCCCAUCCAGUCAGAGACACGCCAAGAAAAAUGUAUAGGAUGGUAAGAAAAUACAAGUGUUUAAAUAAAAAUUCAAAUUAUACAAAUAUACAUAGCAAACUCUUAAAAUUAAAGAAAAUAAUGACAUAUGUUUAAAAAAAAAAAAAAAUUGGUGCCAAUUUUACAUUGAAAAUUUUUGUUCCUGAUUAUCCAAGUAUCAAGUCUCCAGAUUUGAGGCUGGCCUCGUACACAGAUGGGACUUAAGUGACACCACUCUGGCUCUGUUAAACCUCUGUGUUAAAAAAAUAUAUAUUCCUGCAUACACAACUGCACAAAAUAUUUCCACAACCACAAAACUUCUUCAUACAGUUAAAUACGAUUUCACAAGCUCAAAUCUUUAUGACCUUAUCCACCCACAUAGAGAGAUAAUUAAAUUCAGAGGUUGCAUUGAAUUGACUUGAUGCUUUAGUUAUGAAGUGAUUCUGUUCUCUUUAGUUUCUUAUAAGUUUUUUGUGCCCUUAGUUAGUAGGGAAACAAAUUUAUUGAAGUUUUUACUUCUACAUACUACAUCCUAUGUGAAUAAAAGCACAUUUUUUUAACAUGGUAGUGUCCGACCAGCUGUUGGGAAACAAUCUCCCUGUAGUUUUUUUGUGUGACACGAGCCUAAUUCAGUGUAAUGGUGCGUGUAACUCUUUUUCUGUCUGUGUCAGUCUGCAGUCGCACUUUGUAAAACCAAUCCUGUGUGAAACUUGAAUUCUGUACACAGCUGAAAGCACCCACCCGUUCACUAAAGCAGCUGUGUGUUUAGAGAUAUAUGGCAUUUAUUAACUAAAAUUAGUACUCUCUCUGGCAGUGGCAGCACUCGGGGGAAAUCCUCCCUCUCAGUGGAGUUCAGUUUCUGCGAUGCCAGUUUAGAAAUCUGUCAUUCAGCUUUAUGUAGCUUUACUCAUUUUAUUACCAGUGUGUAUUUUCCUCAGUGUUUAGCUUGCUUAUGUAGCAGCAGAAUACUGUUCUAGAUAGAUUAGAUAAAUCUGACUGUAAAUACUUUUCCCCCUUACUUCUUUUGUAAAAUAAUCAUAAUUUAUGUAUUUUUUGACAGUGAUGCAUCAUUUAUUUCUGGGAGGGCUUUGUUGGGUCAAUAAAGUUGACAGCCUGUGAAAGGGAUCAGAUUUCAUACUUGUAGUUUUGAAAUAUCUCACCUUAUUCAAUGGAUACUAACAGGGAUUUCACAGCUACUGCUGUAUAUACACUUCAUUGACAUUCAUUUGCACGGGCUAAACCAUAAGACACUUUUUUCCAGCUAUGUACAGCAAUAAAAAGUCUGCAUAUUAGGGCUGUCAUCUUGAGUAUGGUAAUAGGGAUGCAGUUAAGGUCUGAAAUUAACAUGUCAUUUUUUAUAACUGUGUGCUAUUUUGUCCCUUUUGGCACACCAUAGUUAAGGUGCUGUAGUAUCUCCUCGCUGCUUCCUGCUGCCAUGAUUGAAAAUAAUAACUGUGCUUUCAACGCUCUCUCAUAGGAAAUAUCACACAGAUCAGUUGAUGAGUCAAAAGUAUUACAACCUAUUUGUCACAAUGAAUCAAAAUGUCACAUAUGUACUUAAAGUUUAAGUUUACAUCUGCUCUUAGUUAGACCGAUUUCUAAAUGUAACUGAAAUACCAAAGCUGGCAGAGCAUGUUUUUUAAGAAACGUGUUGAAACCAAAUCAAAGAAGUUAACGCCAGUACUUGCUAGAUGUCUGUCAUCUAACCGUAGGCCAAUAAACACUGUGAUGGAAACAAGUCCGAGGGUUGUCCAACGUGCCGGCAUGUGACAACCAGUCAAACACGACUGCGGUCCUGGGGGUGAACAGUUUAGUUUUUUGGUGAACCAGAGCAGAGUUUUUGGAAUAACACAUCUAAAAAUCUGGAUCAUAAAGAACAUUUCAUUGCAGUCAUGUGAUUUACAGAUUAAGACAUGAAUGAGAGCUGCUAUACAUUUUUUAUUUCAGGAUAAACCUCUUAAGAUACAGCAUCUCAUUUUUGAAGGGCAUACAAAGAUGGCGACCAGAACAGCACAGUACAAGACAAAGUAUACAACAGUGGUGGCAGCUCAGACUUUAGACUACUUUGAACUAGAUGUUUGCAAGUUAAAAAAGGAGCAAAAUGUCUCUUGUUAUUGACUAAGAAACUGAAAAAUUAUUACAUUUUAAAUAGGGGAAUAGAAAUGCUACAAGUUGCGAUUAACUUUUGAAAUUCGGCUGUUGAUAGAGACUUUACCAAAGUGAAUAUUUGAACAUCUUUGCUAAAUGUGUAGGCUAACAAAGUGCUGCAGAUGAAACUUGUGAAAACUCAAAGUUUACCCCACGCAGACUUCUCUGAAAUUUAGAUGUUGAGUUUGACCUCUGCUUUGCAAGGACAAAUAUUUGAAAGCAGAAGUCUUUCUGGUGGAAAAGGAGUACAGCGGUAAAUUUAAGAAAGAUAGAUCAUUUAUUAUUUCUAGAUUGAUGGUGCUUCAUGGCAAGAGUCAAAGUCUUUACUUUGAGGGUAAAAAAAAUCACAGAAAUUGCCAUUCAAAGGAUUUAUUACAUUUAAUAUCACUGUCAUGGUGUGAAAGGUUUCUUAUACCGUUUAUAAAGCAAGCUUAUGUUCUGUCAGCUGUGUUUUCACUAUAAGGGAGAUUAUUAUAAAUCCUGUUUAUUUCAUUCCAGCAGUGUCUGUUUCUAUUUCAAAAUGACACUUUUCAUCAUAAAGCCUCUGUCCUCUUGUCAUAACAAUCAUUGUGAGGCCUGUUCUGUGAUUAGCCGUCCCGUCAGUCUUAAUUAGUUGCCAUUCAGCAAUUGACGCUGGUAAACAAAAACUGACCAAAAUUUGGCUUAUUUUUAGCAAAAGUUGAUACAUGAGGUUUAUGUUACAUUGAGCGCUGUAGGUAACCAAGGCAACAGGGUAAAACUGUCUAACAAUAGCAAAGGAUGGUAGGACUAUCAAAGCGGAAAAUAAAACCUGAAGUAAAAGUCACAACAGUGGAGUAGAAGGUAAAUUUAAUGGUAGGGUUGUUGUCAACAGCAGUGCAGCAUUACUGAGAAGAGUUGUGUUUUCUGUGUUUAAAACAAAUCAAACAGAGCAUUGUGAUCCCUUUGAAAUAGACAGGCUGGUAAAAAGCUUUACACUUGUUCAGGAGAUCUGCCACUACAACUGAAGUUUUCCAUCUAUUAUGAGCAGCAGAAACAUGCCUCAUAAAUAACGACAGGUGCGGGUAGCUACUGUGAAAAACAGAUUUUAAUGACUGCUGAAAUGUUCACGCAGAUACUCCUUUAUUGUCUGAGGUCAGUCAAAUAACAGUUUCAGGCUUGUAAGCGUUCAACAACUCUCAGCAAUUUUCACGUCAUGUUUCCUUCAGGAAGCAGUUCUGUCAACAGUGUGCCAAACAUCAUCCUUUUUUUGUGAGCAUGGAAAAACAACGCAAAAAACAAAUUAGAAAUAAAAAAUCAGAGGAGAAGAGGGAUCAAAAUGAGGAAUUCAGCCUGUAUAAUGCUAUCUUUAUUUCAAAGCAAAGGGUGUAUCUAAACAGUGUAGAUAUUCUGUCAGUGAGAAACUAUAAUUAAAGGAAAUAUAAUUAAAAGUAAGUACUUUUCUCUGUCUAAAAAAAGUGUUGUCAUCUUAAUUGAUUAAUAUCUUUGGCAGAGUCUCUCCAUUCCUCCUCUGUUUGAAACGUUUAAUCCAAUCUGGCCACCUAUUUGCGUUGAUACAUUGUUAUUGGAAAACACUUUAGAAAGCUGUCUUUAGUUGGUAAGAGGACCAUAAAUCAAAACAUAUUUCUGUGUCCGGAGGAGAGCAUGAGAGCCCGUUUUAGAAACCAGUCCACAAGAGCAGUCAAAACAGAGGCCUGGAGAAAGAGCUGUCAUGUCCUGAUGAAUGGAUGUCUUCUGUGUUGUGCUCCCUAUACCAGUUAACCUCGUGUUAUGUAAUAAAUCAUGCUAAAUUGGGUAUCUCUUGGUAGUAGAGGCUAAUUAUUUCUUCAUUUCUUCAUUUCUAUCUUCUCCCUGUUGUGCUUCUUGCAUCCUGAGGGCUCAGUGCUCUGUGUGUCCCUCCCAUAAAUAGACAGUUUUAUAUGGUGCCGUUCUCUGCCAGUCACCAGCCCAAUCUGGGCACACGGAACGGGAGGUUUAAUGGCAGACUCUUAUAUGACAUCCGCCAUUAUGGAGACUGAUUGGACUAACAGCUCAGCAAAACUCUGACAGGCUGGCUCUGCUUCAUGCUACAGUAACAGUGGACACAUCUCUGCCUACACAUAUCAAAAGUUAACCUGCAGAACUUUUUAUCAAAUGACAAAAAUUUCAGGGAAGUACCUUAACUCUUGGUAACUCAACUGAUAUUCUUGAUGUGCUUUUAAAAGAUUAUUGUUGUAUUGAUAAGAAAGCAGGAGAAAAAAGUGCCCUCUCAGUGCUGAAAUAUUCUGUAAAAUACUCAAAACCCAACAAAAUUAAUGGUAAACAAAAUGCGAUGAGCUUUAAAGGGGCUGCACAUGAGCUCCAAACUAAUGGAUGAAGUCAGUAUGCCAGCAUGCUCAAAGAGGCUAAAUGAAUAUAGUUUUAUUUGACAUAAACUGUUGAGUGAUGUGUGUGCAAGCCAUGUGGUUUUCAAACACAACAAGCAGGCUGUAUAUGACUGGUGGUAAGUCUGUUUAAAAACAAUGCCUGAAAACUGUAGCCUCAGAAAGACAUGUAUCACUAGUGUCUCCUCCACCAUUGUUUUGAAGAAGUUGACAGUGUCGUGUCGGUCUUUGUAUGCAAGGAAACAUUUUGGGCUCUAUUUUCAUGCCUCGCCGGAGUCGUGGAGCAGGCACGGCGUAAGUCAAGUCUGCCGCGCCAACAAGGCGUUCUCAAGCACAAUUUGGUAUUUUGGUGAGCAGCGCAGCCCGGCAUAAGUAUCCCCCCUCCCUAACUCAGCCCUCCCAUCGGCGUGAGUCAUAGAGAGGGAGGGGAUAAGGCAUGGAGUGGGUUUAACACAGCGAAGACCUGUUUUCGCCAAUCAGGACAGCUCCUCUCCUCACCUUUAAAUACGCCACCGGCGAGGUGUAUUACAAUUUUUGUGAAGUAGUCAAAGAGAUCAAGAGAUGUCUAAAGACAGUAAUGCCACACGAUGGCAACAGAAGGCAGCUCCUUAACAAGUGUUGCUGUAAGCGCUGCAGAGGGCGUCCUCCACACUGUCUCAUAUAAGCACAGUUGGAUUUGGUGUGUGUAAUGUUGGACCCACUGGUAAGACAAACACCCUUUUCCACAAAUAAAGACACAUACACAAAGUUGCAUAUAUUUAAACCUCACGUGACAAAGGUGGGUUGAGCGCACAGAUCACAACAUAAACUCCAAUAAUGGCAUUAAAAUCGGAACCAUCUGUGCGUAAAGGACACAUCGUGCUCCGUGGCCUGGCUCUUUCUUUCAUAGAUGUUGGCAUAUAAAAUUAAUUUGGCUCACAAAACUGAAUUUAAUAAUAUUCAUUGAGACUUAAAGUAAAAAACUGAUCUGAUCUCUGAAACAAAUCAUCUGUUCAGCUGCCGCAGCAGCAGCUGCAGCAGGACGGGGAGAGGACACGUAGACAUGUCCAGGUUGAGCUGCACGAGAAAUAAGAGGAAGAGGAAGAAAGAAAAGGAGGGAGACGAAUUACAUAUCUUGUUCACUUCAUCAUGUGUGUCUAUUUACUAGAUAUUUUAUUUAAUUUAAUGCGGUUUCAGCUGUGUUGAUUCGGUCAGGUUGAGUGUCCAAACGCAUGCGAAACACACUCAUCAGAUCAGAUAUAGAUUUGAAUAUAUCUAUAUAGAUCUAAAUGUAUGUGCUGACUCAGAUUAUUAGUUGUUGUUGAUUAUUUAUUGCACUGAAAUGUGCCUGACAGUGUGGAAACCUGCCGGUGAGGCAUCAGUUACGCCGCCGGUCUACCAAAAUACCAGCUGCGCUCUGCCUGCGCUGAAAGCUGACCAGGUUUGAAUCGGCGAGCUUUCAGCGCACUUUAUACGCCGCCGGCGAGCACGAAAAUGUCACUGCGCCAACUGAUUCUGUCGACACCUCCCCCUGCUGCAUCACCACACCCAGCUUGGUGGACCUUGGUUCGCCUUAGUCUGUGGAAAUAACAAACUGGCUGUACGCCGGGCUCCGCCAGACAAAAAUACCAGUGCGCAGGGUCCACCACCCUCCGACGUGUCGUCGGCGGGCACAAAUAUAGAGCCCUUUGUGUGGAGAGGAACCUUUGUAAAACACUGCUGUGGAAAUAAACAGUAAUCCCCCAUGUCUGUUAGCUUUUAUUUAUCUCUAUUAACAGACUUCCCAAGUAACUGUAGCUUACUGUCUCACAAACGUUGUCAUCCCUCCAACUCCUUUCUGGUUUCCAAGUUUCCAGUCAAUAUAUGCAGUGGUUACACUCGGAAAAGUCUUGGCUGGAUGUCGUUUAUUUCUAACUGCUGCGUAAAAGUGAUUAAAGUUGGCUGUCCCAAAGUCAAUAUCUGUGUCAGAGGAACCCCAAAGAGUUCCCAGACUGUAAUCUUUUCUGUGCAUCAUCAAAGUCUUCACUACAAAAUUUCUAUGUUUCUUUGAAAAGGGGAUAUUAUGCUUUUUUUUACGGACCCUAUACUUCCUUUCUGAUAUCUCUUUAAUAGCUUUACAUGAUUUUCAGAUUUAAAAAAGCCUAAACUUUUUCUUGAUAGCAGACGAUUUGGAACUUUGCAUACAUCUAGUAUGGACACCAAACAUGGGAACUUUGUAGCUUAAUUGUAAAUGUGGAAAAGUAUAAGACUACUUCUUUAAAAAGUACAAUCUUCAUAAUUAGAAUAACUGGUCCACUGACAGUACAGCCGCUCCUAUGUAGUCUUUAGCUAUUGAAAGAGAAAUAUUAAAGGGAUUUAGAGUUAGACACCCUGUCGAAAGAUGAAUGUGGUCGACUGCUUGCUUCUCUAGUCAUACCAGCUUUAGAAACGACCAUACGAUAGCAAUACACAGCGGUCUGAGGAGCCAUCAACAAAACUCAGCCGAAAUGCCACUCUAUAGCCACAAAUAAUGCUCAGAACAGCACCUAACUUUAUCAACAGUACAUAUAAGGUUCUAGCCACAGCACUAGCCACCAAACAUCUUUUUAACUUUCCCUAAUUUCUUUAGCAAAGAGACCAAACACAACUCACCUACUCUCUUCUAGCAGCUGCUUGUUUGUAGCGAGACCUCUGGCUAGUCCUUCAUUGACUGCAGCGGGGCGACACAGCUCAAUGAAGAACAUUUAUAAUAAUUUCUUUAUCAUUUCCUUGGAAUAUUAAUCACCAUAUUAAUCAUUUUGCACUGCAGACGCGGUAGUUCCUCUGCAUUUGUGUCUCGGUCUGAUAGCUUUUUCAUGAAGAAAUGAUCAAUGAUCAGCUAUAGAGUGGUGUUUUGGUUGAGGUUUGUUUAUGGCUCCUCAGACUGCUGUGUAUUGGUAUUGUGUGGCCGUUACUAAAGUUUGUAAAACCAGAGAAGCAAGCGGUCGGCAACAUUCAUCUCUUGAGGGGGUGUCUAACUUGGUGUAACGAUGUGUUUGACCCUAAAUUAAUUUUAUGCCGGAAUAUCCCUUUAAGUCCAACUAGCUGACAAGUCAAGGAGAGGCAACACUCAAACAAGCCAACAGCUCUAAACGCAGAGUCUGAAGGUAGGAUGGUGUCACAUUGGUUUGCUGAGUUUCAUUGUGACCAGGUGAGAGUAUGUGACACCCCGGAUCUGUCACUGCUAUGUUUUUAGCUGUGUAAGUACAUGAUCCAUCCCUGUUCACGAAGAAUAGAAAACAAGACUCUAUGUCAUUCUUUUCACCUCAUUUUUGUGUACUCACAGACCAGCUUGUGCUCAGUCUGAACUAAUUAAAAGCACACAUUCAGAAGCGACGCUACUUCUUCUGCAUCAGAGCAGACUGAGCGGUGUAGUUAAUCUUUCGGAGUGCGCGCGCAUGAAAGAGAGUCAGACAAGCUUGGAAAUGUUUGUUCUGAAAAGCCACUGAGGGUUACGUUUUACAGACUGGCAGCUAAAUGAACUGUCACGUAAACAUUGCCUCAGCUCUGUCUCAUAAAUAUUUUGCUUCAGUCUGGAAAGUGAGAUUUCAGAGUGACAAUGUGGGACACAGUGGCUGCUUGCUACCAGCUGGCCCUGUUAGUGUUCAAUUAAAUGUGUGUUUAUGUUCAUGUGUUGUUUCUGCUCUCUCAAAGUUAUUAACCUCAGAGCAAACAGUCUGUGCAUGUUCUUCCUUUUCUGACCCUCCUCUCUCGUGAUGUCUGAAAAUAUUGGCGUUUCGGUGUAUUUCUUCUGUUGUUUCAGGGAAUGAUUGUUUGUUUGUCAAAAUCCCAUAAGAGCCAACAGUAAUUUCACAAGAGGAGAAGUCUGAUUUUAUGAGCAAAUACUCUCAACUAUUGAGUUUCUCUAAACUCCAGAGGAAAGGCGUUCGGUACACAAUAUAGUGAGGAAUAACAGAAUUUGUAGGGCAUUUUCAGGCCAAUAAACUGCUUUACUGUGUAUCCAAUAUGAUAGCAAAUAAACAGUGUCCACUGAGGAAGAUAUCAAGAUAUAUUUCUUACAGUCCAAGACAUAAGAGGCCAAUGCAUCAGAUUUUUUUUCACAGAGGAAAGCAUUGUCUUCAAAGCAUCUUUUGUACUUAUAGGCAAGCCCCUCAAUCAACACACCUUAGUGUACAAUAUGGUAUAUAUGGGUAUAUGGACUGUCAGGUAAUCGCAGUCCUUUUCUAAAAUAGACUUCAAAUCACAUCAUCACAGCUAUAUUUCAGAGUAGCACCAGCUUUGAUGAUGGAAAUACAGAGCCAUACUGCACCAUGCCCAUUUUCCUGUGAGUACAUUCAGAUUUGCCUCAUCUGAAUAAAAAGGAAAAGUCACAGAGAGCUUCAAAGGAAGUCAUUGGUGAUCUUCCUGCCAUAUGUAUGCUGCUGUAGCUGCUCAGCCACCUGCGCUGAAGCACAAACAAAUGCCAUUUCUGUGUCGGCGCUGCAGAGUAACCUCUCAGAAAUACAGACGUGCCAAUUUUCUGUCAGCUGAGUGAAAGGCAGUGCAACAUUAAAAAAAUCACCUUAGGGAGACGCUUAUCAAGGUACAGUGUUUCCUUUGUGCCACCAUAUCACGCUGUCAUGCUCAGAGCUGCAAAACCCUGCAGCUCUUUUUAGCCACUCAACAAGAGAGCAUGUUCAGAGUUUUAUAAAGAUAUAUUCUGCUCUUGGGUUGAGUUUAAAGGGCAUUUGUCAGCUCUUUUGAAAUGUCAGCCAGUGCAGCAGGAUCAGGCUGUGAAUGUGAAAAUCAUGUCACAUCUUUUGUCAGGUUUGAAUUUCAUGAUGAAGAUUUUAUUGAUGGUUUUAUUUGAUCUGUCUUUCUCACACUGAACUGAAAGCAGCUGUAGGUGGUAUUUUGUGACUGGGUAUCAAACUGUUGCAUGAAACAAUGUGGAAGUCUAGAGUGGUCACCUGUAAUCAUGAACAUACCAACAUAAAUCUUAUACCUUUGCUACUUUUCUCAUCAAAAUGAAGCUUUAAACUGGGCCUUACGUUGUUGACCCACAACCUUGGAUAUCUCUUUGCAGCAGAAGGUUGCUGUUUUUUUUUUUCCCAGUAAAGAAAUAAAAAUUUAUACCCUCCUUGUACACAACUGUUAGCAGCCAGCUCAUGAAAACAUAAAGCAGUCAGAGCCUGAGAGCCUCUGGAGUGGGUUGAGACUAAAGCAGCUGAAGCAAACUGAUUAUGGGGCUGAUGUUGAAAUUGUAAGGCUAAAAAUAGAUCUUUUCACUGUUAUAUAAAAGAUUUUAGUGUUUGAGCUUACGUCUCUGCUUUGUUAUACGACCUCACAAGAGAUUUAAAAAAAACUGUAUUGUUAUUUCAUCCCAUUAACACUCUGCUGACAGCUGUUUUACAAGCGAUGCUAUACCACUCCAUCAUAUUGUGGUACACACAGACUGAAUGGACAACCUUACUCCGCCUCCCAUCAUUGUAUGAAUUGGAGGCCAAAAACUCCUGGUGCCUCUGAGAAUUUUCUCCAUUUCCUGAAACCGUCAUUCGCACAGUAGCAUGAGAAAUAUUUUUUUGUAUUUCAUUUGUAAAGUUUGUCCACAGCACUAUUCAUUUUGCUGGAGGAGGCGAUGUUUAUGACCUAAACUGCAACCAGUCACCAGGGGGUGCUGUUCUCACAGAGGCUUUACCCAGCAAGGAGGCAUAUGACGUCCUGUCUGUAUACAGUCUAUGAGUACACACAGUAGUUAAAGCAACCUAAUGAUAAGUUAUCGUAUAGAUCUCAUACUCUUUUUCUUUUAAAACCAAGUGUUUUGAUUUCUCUAAUUUUCUCUCCUGUUACACUUGAAGUGACAUUUUUAUGCCAGAUUUGUACUUUUUGUUGAUCUCUUUGUUGAACUUGACAUGUGUGAGUGCAUUUUCAGACAAAAGAAAAUCUUGUUUAUAACCUGUUCAAAAUUACUUACAGGUGCUUUAAAAAUAAUCUUCAUACUUUUUACACAAACGCAUCAUUAAGUUUAGUUUUGAUCAAUAAUAAUGCAUCAGAUUUCAUAUAGCGCUUUAUCAGAGACCCUCAAAGCGCUUUACAUUGGAUACAUCAUUCAUUCGCUCACACAGUCACACUUUGGUGGUGGUGGAAACAUGGCUGCCAUUCUGCGCCUACGGCCGCUCCGACCACCAUCACACAACACUCACAAUCAUACACCAGUGGAGGACACACACUGGGAGCAAGGUGGGUUAAGUGUCUUGCCCAAGGACACAACAGACAGACUUGGAUUAGGGGGGAAUCGAACCGCCAACCUUCCGGUCAUUGGACGACCGCUCUACCUCCUGAGCUACUGCCGCUUUUCUUAUCCUUUGCCUUAUUAUUGUAGUAUUAUUAUCCUGCAUCUACCUUUGUCUGUUGUUGUAAUAGAGUUUGCAGUUAGUCUUUGUAUCAGACACUCAGUUGUAAUGGUUUAUAAUUGAACUCAAACAGAGAGUGAUAUUUUGAUGAUGAGCCAUUUUUGUGCAGCAGCCGAACCUCCAACCCCCUUUGUAAUUAACGAGACAUUGAUUUUUUUCAUGAGUCCUCUCUGUCUUUUAGUCAGUAAAUGUAACCUAAGAAAGAGUCAUCAUGAUUUUUAAACCAAUAAUCCUGGACAACAAGUUUACUAAAUCAAGUUUCUCCUCAGGGUUUACAUAGUAGCUCAUGUUUUAAUAGUACUUUCCAUAUUAAAAAGAUUCCUGGACACUUGAUGUUCUCUGGAUGGACUUGUUGCUGUAGUAACAGGCAGCAGAGGCGCCUGAUCUUAUUUCUUCAUUCCUUUUUUUGGCUUUGUUUGGUGUGAUCGAAGAACAGUGAUGAUUUCUCUGCUAAUUUUUUACAAACAUCCCUUUUUGGAGAUACAGAGACCAUGAAUGUUCAUUCAUGUGUGUUUUCUCUUUCUCUUUCUUUCAGAUUUAAAUGGAGAAGCUGCAGCAUCAUCACCCACACGAACUGGACCUCUGUAGGAUUGUUAAGUGUUUUGCAUUAAAACACAAACAGCACCACUUCUCCCUGAGUAAUUCAUAACUGACACUUAAUGUCAGACUGCCCGCUGCAGCAGCUUCAUGCUGCGUCGCUGGCUGGAACUCUGCUAAUGGAAAGAAAGCAUUGUAGGAUCCUGCUUUCCAAAAACACCUAAAUGCAGCAUAAUGCCUUCAAAAGUGUCAUGUUUAUACUUCCUGACAGUGGUUUGCUGGGCCAGUGCUCUGUGGUACCUGAGCAUAUCUCGCCCGACGACCAAUUAUGUCGGCCACAUGUCUGUGCCUAUACGUAAGACAGUGAAACCCCCCAAAAACAUCACCUUCAACAACAUACGCACCCGCCCCCUUAACCCACAUGCCUUUGAGUUUGUCAUCAGUGAAGCCAAGAAGUGUGAAAGCGUCACGCCCUUCCUGAUCAUUCUCAUCAGCACUACGCACAAGGAGUUUGACGCCCGGCAGGCCAUCAGGGAGACCUGGGGAGAUGAGAGCACCUUCACUGACAUCCGCAUCCUCACCAUCUUUCUACUGGGCAAGAACACAGACCCCGUCCUCAACCAGAUGGUGGAGCAGGAGAGCCAAAUCUUUCAUGAUAUUGUGGUGGAGGACUUUAUAGAUUCCUACCACAACCUCACCUUGAAGACCAUGAUGGGGAUGCGCUGGGUGGCGACUUUCUGCCCUAAGGCGCAGUACAUAAUGAAAACAGACAGCGACAUCUUUGUCAACAUGGACAAUCUGAUCUUCAAGCUCCUGAAACCCACCACCAAGCCGAGAAGGAGGUAUUUCACCGGCUAUGUCAUAAAUGGUGGUCCUAUUAGGGACAUGCGCAGUAAGUGGUACAUGUCAAGGGACUUGUAUCCUGAGAGCAGAUACCCGCCUUUCUGCUCGGGCACAGGUUAUGUGUUCUCAGCAGACGUAGCGGAACUCAUCUAUAAGACUUCUUUACACACAAGACUGUUGCACCUGGAGGACGUUUAUGUAGGACUGUGUUUGCGUAAGCUAGGUAUACACCCAUAUCAGAACAGCGGGUUUAAUCACUGGAAGAUGGCCUACAGUCUGUGCAGGUACAGACGAGUUAUCACUGUGCACCAGAUCUCCCCGGAGGAGAUGCACCGCAUCUGGAAUGACAUGUCCAGCAAGAAGCACUUGAGAUGUUAAAGAGGAUGAAAGGACCUCCACACAAAAAAAACUUGGAACUCUUUUCUUUUUGCCUUUUCUCUCCUUUAAAAUGUCACUUCACUCAGUAAUGUAAAACAUCGAGGGCUGUUGUAAGUCGCUCAUUCACGUUGACUUUAACUGAAGAUGCAUGACACGUCUCUGCUUCCUCCGUUUGAACAAAAGUGAAGCCAAAAUUGUGCUGAUUAUCUAGCUCCAGGGAAGUUAUAGCCUGAGCAGUAGAUAUCAGCAGGUGAAGCUGCAGCAGGAUUGCAGACUGUGCAAAACAUGGACAUAGCCUUGUUACCCAUUGGUUUCCAAAUAAUUUACCAGCUAAUCUAGAAACUGUCAAAAAGCUUUAGUUCUUUAUAGGUGCUGAUAAACAGCUACAGUGUGCCUACCUGUAAAUCCUGGCACAUGCUUCAAGAUGAUAAAAAUCUGAAAUGAUUUUGAAAAUGUGAGAGACUUUCACAGGAUGAAGAGUAAUGACAGAUUUAGCAGUUUAAUUUUCAUAGUGCGUGGACUGCGAAGAGAUGACCUACAAUAGACCCAACUCACUAACAGAUCCCAUUUUUCAUCAACCAGAGUCCAUACUGUCAAAGUGGAAAUCUUACAUGAAUCUCUUGCAAUCAAAUGUGACUUAGAAAGAAAAAACAUGACAGAUGACUGGUUGGUUGUCAAGCUGAACGUUGAUAGCUCUGUCUUUGUGCAUGGUUGUUUAUUUUAUGAGAGGCAUUGUACAAACACUCGUCAACAUCAACCUGACCUCCUUUUCUUACCUCCUUGUUUAUGUGUCACAUGUUGUUACCAAGACUGCAUUUGUUGUGCCUUCUUCUUUAGUCAGCUUGCUCCCUGAUUGGCUGUCAUUCAACAUAGAGCGCCCCUUCAAAUCGGUGUAUCUGAUUAUAAAUAUUAAACAAUUUCAAUUUUUAAAUCAGGGCAAGUAGAACCACUCCCAGCACACCGCACAUCACAGGGCAAGAUAAUCUUUUUAACUGUCAGGAAAUUGGGUCUUUGUUGACAUUACUCAGAUGGAAGGAGAGCCGUCCUAAAUCGUCCUGGUUAUUCUCUUGUUUCUCUGUCGCAUAAAUCAAGUCUUGUGCCUCAGUUUAUGCACAAAUCCCAGCCUUAACAUAGUCAAACCAGACGAGUUUAAAAAAUGUACACCCUGGUUUCAUCCAAGUAUAAAAGUUAAGUGUAGAGACCAAAUUUUACUCCCAUUUGUCUCUGUUAUGAUUUAACUGCUGAUUUUGCAUUUCUGUUUCAAAACCCAUACGUUGACAUUUGUUCAAAACACUGUGACAAACCAUGUGGCAAAUGUUAUAAAGGUUGGUGCAGUCCUCGGAAAGGACAGUCUCAAGUCUUUGUAAGCAGGUUAGAAGACAGAAGUGUCUCUGUUUAUAAUGGUUACCCCUGCUCACCUCCAGGGCAUCAGAGAGGUUUUGGCUUCACUUUUGGGGAGCUGUCGGGCCAUGCAUCAUUUAUACGCUCUAUGCUAUUUUAUGACAGCUGUUUCAUGAACUUUCAGCCUUCUUCUGUCUCGGCUGAUCACACCUCACGAUUGUUAAUGCCUGCAUGAGGCUUGUAAAGCGUGUAUUCUCAUGCAUCGUUUCAAUGUGGUGUUUCUGAAGCUCAUUUUUCCUCAAGGACUCCACUACAGGCAGCAUAAAGUCAAUCAACGUUACAUAUUGUAUAUCAUAACAUGUGGCCUAACAGGUUAAAUUGAUUUUAGUUCGAGCCCUCUCAAUGAAACCUUUUGUCCUGUUUAAGUGUCCUUGAGCAAGACACAGACUCUGUUCCAGCUGCUGACUCAGCACCCUGAUUUCCCACAGGAGUGCAAGCCUGAGGGAAAUUUCUGUGCUGUAAUCGAUAAAGUAUUAAAUUGCAGUAAAAUAUCUAUAAUAGUAUACAGUCAAGGAAGCGUUAUUUACAAAAGAAACAAGUGUUCUUGAGAGGAGAAAAUCUUCUGUUAUCAACCCAAGCAGCCUCUCUGCAGUGAUAACAUUAAAUCAAGGCUCAAGCUGCUCCUCUUUAAUUAUAUUUAUCACAAACACAGUCAGAUAUGAAGCUGAAGAUAAGCUGCAGUUCUCCAGCAUUAGUCACAAUAAAGCUGCAGAACUGAAUUUGCUGGAUGAUCAUGUUUUCUUACAAAUUUGCCUCAUGUUUGUGUUUACAAUACAUUUCACCGCCUCUGAAUAAUUUUUAAAGAUGCAUUUUGUUUUAAUCUCCCAUUUUUGACAUUUUUGUUACUGGAGGUAAAUGUGUUUCUAAGCUACCAGCUCCUCAUUACUCCAGCUGCUGCUCUCGUUUUUCAUGUAGGCAGUAAGUCUAUUUCAGAUCAUCAACUCCUCCACACAUCAGAAAAACACAGCAUCACAACCUGUGAGUAUGAGUUUUACCGUAGCUAAGAUCAUUACAGACUGGAUGUAUUAGCAUAUGUAACUUGCAUAUCGGUGAUUAUUGAAGCACUGCUACUGACAUCGUGAGGAAAUCAUCGUGUCUCAGAAAAAUGUGGCUUUCAUGGCCAAAUGUUUUCUUUUUUCUGAAGUUUUGUAGUAUUAUGAGCUAAUGUGACAUUUACUGUGAAAGCAUCUAUCCCUCCAGGGGUUGUUGUUAUAUACUGUAUGUUUUUUAUAUUAAAGAACAAAUACUUGAAUAAUUAAAGUUAUAUAACUGCCUUUACUUGUUGCAUGUUGUGAGUUCUUUAAAAUAGACUUCCAGGAUUGGUAUACUGAAGGUUUCUUCCUCACUGUAGACACAGGUAUAAGAAAUAGCAUUAUAAAAGUUAGGGGCACCUUAUGUCCUGGUUUAAAGGGAUACAUCAAUUUCUGUCUCGGCUUGAGAUAAGAAAACUCUUCAUAAUGAGCACAAUUUAUUUAACAGAGC